ACCACCCCCUUCCCUCGCCCGCGCUCCGCUGCCCUUUCCCUCCCUCAGGCUCUCGCGCACGCGCCCCACCCUUUCAAAAGAAGUGUGUGUGAGAGAGAGGGGGAGGAGGGGCGAGGAGGAGGCGCGCCGGAUUGGCUGGCCCGCCCCAGUGCGAGGACUGCGUGCCAAUGGCAGCGGUGGAGGCCUGGGCUCCGCUGGAGGGGCGGGCGAGCGAGGCCGCAGGCGGGCCGGGGCCAGCGCUGGGUCCUCAGAGCCACUGAGUGAGUUUGUAGGUGUGUGUUUACGCGCACGCGCGCGGCGGGGCUGUGGUUGGCUUCGCGGCCGCCACCACCGCCGCCGCCUCCUCCUCCCCCCCUCCCCUCCCCCCUCCACACCCCGGGCAGCGCCGUCCGGUGAGAGGAUUUUGAACCCCGUGUUGUCGUCGCUAAAAAAGGUAAAUGGGGGAGGCCUAAUCCCGACCCCGUCUCUCUCGUGCGUCGCCUCAGAGGAGGGCGAGGCGGGUGGGGGCUAGUCCGGCCCUGGCGCCUUCCUCCUCCUGUGUCUUUCUUAUUUAAAUAAAUUUUAAAAACCCAUGUGGCUGAGGGCCCUCACACGCCACUGAGGAAGACGCUCCCGCCGCCGGCUGCUCUCUUCGGACACCGACACACGCGAUUUCAGGAGGUCGCCUAGAUGCGUCAUCCCGUGUCAGCCCCUGUUUCCCCGCCCCGUUCACACGAUCUUCCUUGCACGCUGUCAUGUCCGCGCCAGUGAAUUGGUCUGGGAGAACAGUCACCGCCGCUUCCCCUGGGCUGUAGUCGGGGUCGGCCCACACCCCUCCCCGUAGUUUUCUUCCAGAGGGCUAGGAAGGGGUGUGGGUGUAUGUGUGUGUUUCAAACCACUCGUGCGGUGCCAUCCUACAAAACAUAACGCUCCAAUUUCCGAAGUAAACAUGCGUAUCUCAACGGCGGGGGGUGGGGAGGAAGAGGCGUUGCGCUCCUCAGUUCCAACGGAUCCUGAAGAUGCGCCCCUGCAGCCGCCCGCAUGGUUUAUUUUUAAGUCGGGCCCAUGGGUUUUUUGGGCAAGGCGUUCCUUCCAAAUGAGUGUGCAUAGGAUUGCAGCCUUCCUAAGGGCCUUGCCCCUCCGCCUCUUCCAUUUCGCAAACGCAUUUGCUGCACGCACCGGCCUCCUCCAUGCAUAUUCAUCUCCUCAUAUCCUGGCCUGUUCUAUGCCCAAUUUUGGCUUCUGCCUCCUGCCGUCCACCAUUUCUGCUCAGCUUCUACUCUCUCUUCCCUUUCUAAUAAAUAACAGGUAAACACUGCUUCAGAGGCCUGCAUGACAGCUGCUUAUCACUGUAUACAGUUGCCUCACAGUCUCUUUGGCAUUGACGUUUUUCCAAAUAUUACCUAUUGUUUGUCAUAAUGUGGCUUAGCUGCCGGCAUGCAUGAAACUCUCGGUAUUUACUUACCUACCUUGUCUAUUAAAUCAAAUUCAUGUCUUUAUUCACACACACACACACAGUAAGGCUGUCAUAAAUACUUCUCUGAAUCUCAUCGUUCCUUGAUGGUUUUUUGCUUUUACUCUAAUCUUGACCAGGCCUCUUGUUACCAUUCCCCUACUAGUCAACAUUAUUUCCUGUUCCUAUCUUACAACACUGGGUAUUGCCCUUUCCUGACAACUCGCAAUCUUUCUGUGUUAUCCCCUGUUAGUGGGUUCAAGAUUGCAGCCUAAGACUCAGAAGUAAGCUCCAUUUUGUUCUCUAGGGCAGGAGUCAGCAAACUUUUUCAGCAGGGGGCCGGUCCACUGUCGCUCAGACCUUGUGGGCGGCCAGACUAUAUUUUGAGGGGGGGGGAUGAACGAAUUCCUAUGCCCCACAAAUAACCCAGAAAUGCAUUUUAAAUAAAAGGACACAUUCCACUCAUGUAAAAACACGCUGAUUCCUGGACCGUCCACAGGCCAGAUUUAGAAGGUAUUGGGCCACAUCCGGCCCCCGGGCCUUACUUUGCCUACCCAUGCUCUAGGGUAAGGGUGUAUAGGAUUGCAGCGCAUUCAGCUUAAUUUCAUGAUUAUCAUAUCUUUCUCAGAUUAAAUUGCCUAUAGUUCCAGUAUUUUGCUGCUUGUUUUCCAAAUUUCUCAAUGGUACAUUUAUCACAUCUUGACCUUAAUGCCAAUUCCAUUUCUCUUACAGGAAUCAUACUGACAUUAGUAAUUCUCUAUGCAACUGUUUUGAUUGUCUCAUACACAACUUCCAUUCUUUUCUUUAAAUUUCUGUCUUGUUUUUGCAGAUAAUUCUUCUUCUUUUGCCUAUUCCUCAUAGGGAUGAAGCCAUAACUUUUCAAUUCUCUUCUCUUCUGUUUUUUUUUAUGCUAGUUUACUUUAUACAAACUCUAGGGGUCAUUCCUAGAGUGGAAGAAAGGGGAAAUCACAGAGGAGGAGUAUACACGUGUAGCCAACAGUUGCAGGGGAAAGUCAGGCUGGCUAAACCGCAAAAUGACCUUAGGCUUGAAAGAGAAGUUAAAAAGAAUAAAAAAGUUUUCUUCGGCUAUGUCUGAAGUAAAAGGAAGAACAAGCACGUGGUAGGUCCUCUGUGUGGGGAACACAGAGAAAUGCUAUUGGAUGACAGAGAAAAAGCAGAACUACUCAACACCUACUUUGGCCCUGUCUUCACCCAAAAGGAAAGCGAUGCUCAGCCUGGUGAUAACAGAAUAAAUAAUGUAAGGAGGGAGCUGCAGACCAAGAUAGGAAAAGAAGUAGUGAGGGAACACUUAGCUACUUUAAAUGAAUUCAAAUCUCCAGAGCCUGAUGAGCUGCAUCCAAGGGUACUAAAGGAGCUUGUGGAGCCUUUGUCUAUUAUCUUUGAGAACUUUUGGAGAACAGGUGAAGUCCCUACAGACUGGAUGCGGGCAAAUGUUGUCCCCAUCUUCAAAAAGGGAGGAAAGGAAGACCCAGGUAACUACUUGACCGGGGAGCCUGACAUUGAUACCAGGGAAGGUCGUAGAACAGAUGAUUCAACAGUCGGUCUGUGAGCAUUUAGAAAAGGAUUCUGUGAUUACUAAGACCCAGUAUGGGUUUCUCAAAAAUAAGUCAUGCCAGACCAAUCUGAUUUAUUUUUUGAUGGAAUUACAAACUUGGUGGAUCGGGGAAAUGCUGUGGACACAGUGUAUCUUGAUUUCAGUAAGGCUUUUGACAAAGUACCUCAUGAUACUCUCAAGAGGAAGCUGGUAAAAUGUGGUUUGAAUGAGGUAACUGUUAGGUGGAUUUGUAGCUGGUUGACUGACUGAACCCAAAGAGUACUCAUUAAUGGUUCCUCAUCAUCCUGGAAAAAAGUGAAAAGUGGGGUGCUGCAGGGUUCUGUCCUGGGCCUGUUGUUGUUCAGCCUCUUUAUAAAUGACUGAUGAAGGAAUUGAGGGGAUGCUCCUCAAAUUUGAUAACACCAUACAGUACUGGGAGGGGUAGCUAAUGCCGCAGAAGACAGAAUCAGAAUUCAAAAUGACCGUAACAGUUUGGAGAACUGGGCGCAAGCUACAAAAUGUUAUUUCAAUGGGAACAAAUGUAAGGUUCUGCACCUAGGCAGGAAUAACCAGAUGCACAAAUAUAGGAUGGGGGACACCUGGCUUACUAGCAGUACAGGUGAAAAGGAUCAUGGGGUCUUGGUGGACCACAAGCUGAACAUGAGUCAACAGUGUGAUACAGCAGCGGGGGGGGGGGGAUUAAUGCUAUUCUAGGCUGCAUCAACAGAAGUGUAGUGUGCAGAUCAAGGAAAGUAAUAGGACCACUCUAUUCUGCCUUAGUUAGACCACACUUGGAAUCCUGAGACUGAGAGGAGAUAUGAUAGCCAUCUUCAAAUAUCUCAAGGGCUGUCACAUGGAGGAGGCAGCAUGCUUGUUUUCUCCUGCUCUGGGGGGUACGACUCAAACCUAUGGCUUCAAGUUGCAAGAAAGGAGAUUCCAAUUAACAUUUGGAAAAACUUUCUGACAGAGCUGUUCAGCAGUGAAACAGACUCCUACAAGAGGUGAUGGACUUUCCUUCCUUGGCGGUUUUUAAACACAGGUUGGAUGGCCAUCUGUCAUGGAUGCUUUAACUGAGAUUCCUGCAUUGCAGAGGGUUGAACUGGACGACUUUUGGCGUCCCUUCCAACUAUGAUUAUAUGAUUCCAGACCUUUUCUGCCAUAUGAAUGUACAGUUUCCCCCUUUUACUUUAACCUGCUCAUAAGCAAAUAUUCAUUGUAGUGUGAUUGCACCUGCUUCCAUCUUGAAUUCUCCAUUCUUAUUCAUUGAUAAUUUAAUGUCCCUUUCUCUGAAGUUUUGUUUCCUCUCUUCUCAAAGUCUUUUUUUGUAGUAGGUUUAACUUUUUACUGCAUUUAUCCAUCCACCCGCUUAAUACUGUCUUGGCAGAGAUAUGGCUAGUCAUAUAUGGGUAAUGGAGUGAUGCUGUUUACCGUGCCAAGGGUUCUUUGUUGUUAGUUCCUGGGGGAAAGAUAGGCAAUCUACUUGUGGCUCAUGUGGGAGGCAAGCGGAACACAAAUUUAACAAGACUUGAUGAUGCAUUAAGAUCUUAGUUGUAGUUUGGAGGCAUUUUUUAUUUUGUGAAAUCUUGGUUCCCUUCCUGUCUGUUCAACCCAACUGAUGUGCCCCUCACCAUGAAAUAUUAAAAAUAUGGCAAAAAAAUCAAGAGAAAAAUGGGAGAGGGUUAUUGCAUUCAUGCCCUGCAUGUGGGCUUUCCAUAGGCUGGUUGGCCAUUGCAAGAUUUGAAUGCCAGGCUGUGCAUGUCCUUGAUCUGCUCUCAAGGAAACUGAUAAACAUCAUUAUGCUUCAUCUCUCAUUUGGGAAUCAUUUUCCUUUAGGACAGGGAUGAGGAACCUUUGACUCUUCUGAUGUUGUUAGACUCCACUCUCAUCAGUCACAGUGAGCAUAUCCAAUAGGGAUGAUGAGAAUUGUUGUAGUCCAGCAACAUCUGAAGGGCCACAGAAUCACAACAUCUGCUUCAGCAAAAUGGCUAGCUUGUUCUAGCCAUCACCUCAUUUUACUAUUCCUUGUUUUGUGGAAUCUGUGACAUGAUUUAACCUGCUCAUUGCUUAUGGCAGACUGUUAGGUUAGGAAUUUGAAUUUGCUAAAUGCUUUAGAUAUGCUUUACAGAUCCUUUCUUUGGGUUGUAUCCAAAGGUGUCUCUGCACAGGUAGAACAGACUUCAAUAUACGUAAGAGAACUUCUCCUUGCUCUCCUGCUGCCCACCUCCCCGAAAAAGUCUGCUUUGGAGAGUUUGGGGAAUGGCAGGGAGUUAGGAGAAGGAAUGAGAAAUACUGUUGCAAAUCAGAAGUCUGCUUGUUUGACAUUGGAUCUUACUCUGUCUUCUGGUAUAUGGAAAGCCUUUGUAUGACAAAAUUGUGAAAGAGUAAAAGCCAGCAAACAGGCUUGUGUUGCUUAUUGUGACUUUCAUUUAUUUUUAAUUUGCUUAAAAAUACCCUGUUGACUACAUGCUAUCUCAAAAUAAAACACCAGUAUAAGUUUGUCUCCUUGCUUGUAUGGUACAACUUCAUUUAUGAUCUUUAAAAAUUCCAUAUUCUACAAAGAAACUGGAGAAUUACAAACUCUUAGCAAAUUAAGUGCAGAAUUAAUAUUCACUUUUUUAAUUGAUAAUAUACUUUCAGUAGGUAUAUUUUUUUAUUAGCAUAAAUUGGUUGCAACCCACAUGCGUCCAGAAUCCCAAUUAAUUUUAAUGAUUGUUGAGAAACUGCAUGUACAAAACAUGAUACACCAUGUUGUAAUUAAAUGUCAGGAAGAUGCCAUUGUUUUCUAGUGUGUGAACUUAACAAGAGAAAUGCUUUUUCUUUGAAAGUUGUUGUGGACUUUGCUACAUAGAUUUGCUGAAACCUAAUUUUUCUUGAUUGAUUUAAGUUCUUAAAAGGGGAGCUGGUUCAGUUGACAGGCAAACAGUCAUAAACCAUGCUACUGUGAUAGCUAACACAAGUAGAAUUUAUCUUUGUAAGAAGAAAGUACUGUUUGGGUAUUCAGUCUUCUUAUGUGGGGGGAAAAAACACGCAAGGAGAAGCAGGGUUAUGCAGCCCAGCUCUGUUUUAAUAGUAAUAGUAAUAAUUUAUUGUUUAUAUUCCGCCCAUCUGGCCGGGCCUCCCCAGCCACUCUGGGCAGAUCAACUGUACACAGUUUAGAACCUUCAACGAAUUUGGGGUCUGAACUAGAGAGCUGCACAACAUAUUUUAAAGCCCUUCAAAAUCAGAGGUUUAAAUCACAGAGUUUUUGGUUUUUUUAAUGCUUUUCAGAUUUAUACAUUUCACUAAUUUUACAAUCAUUUUAACAUUUCAAAACUUCAUUUCCUUGCCCCUCUUUCUGCAGUUCCUUAAGUUUAUUUUUAAUAUCUUCUGCAUAUCCACAUUAACUUAAUUUGCUCAUUUAUUCAUCUACUUUAAAUAUAUACUCUUAUAAAACUGCAGGUUAUUACAAUAAUCCUGCCUGUGUUCUUAUCUGUUUACAAUUUAUUUGUAAAUAUUCAAUAAACCAUUUCCAUUCUUUUAUAAAAAGUCUGUGAUCUUGAUUUCUUAUUCUUCCAGUAAGUUUCACCAUUUCUGCAUAUUCCAUAAGUUUUUGUAUCCAUUCUUACUUUGCUGGGACUUCUGCUUCUUUCCAUUUUGGGACAAGUAACAUUCUUGCCGCUGUAGUAGCGCAGAGAUUCUUCACAAGUAGAAUAUGUGUUCCUCCUUGUGUCUUUCUUUGAAUGUGAUCUGUUCCAUAGUAGAACAAACUCCCUAGGGACUUUACUUCCUUGGAGCUUUUUAAGAUUCUAAGACUGAGCCCCCAAAUAGGGCAAGAGUUUCUGAUGCAGUCUGUUGUCAGUAGGCAGUUGCUUUGUGAAGGAAAGUAGCUUCACUGCUGUAUCAGUUACAUCAGCCCAAGUACUAAUUUUGGGACAUUGCAAAACAUACUGACUGUUGCUGGUGGCCUAAGUUCCUGGCUUUCUCUGCAGUAGUAGGGUACAAAGGUAACAAAUGGUAACAGACCGUUACAAAUUCAAGUAGACUUGGUGACUUUUAGCUACAAGAAAUAAAAUUGAAACCUCUGUGUUCAGUGGCAGUACACCUCUAAUGAUCAAAUGCUGGGGUCGAAAAGGGAAUGGGUUUUUUGUGACGUCUGCUUGUGACUUCUGAGGAUUAUCUAACAGGCCACAAUUGAGUACUGAACUAGACUGGCAUCUGGUCAAAUAGUGAGGCAGCUAGAAGUGGAGCAUGUUUCGCUAAAGAGCAAAAGAAGGGCUUUCACUGGCAGUUUCCUUGUUUCCCUAGCCCUUGUCUUGUUUCUGAGAUUUUAAAGGAUUAUUCUGUAUAUUGUCCCCACAGUCAUAAAAAUCUCAGGAUUUAAAGCAUAACUUGUCUUAGCUCUCAGCAGUAUUUGCAAAAUAAUAUGUAAUCUCAUUUUCUGUUAAAUGAACGAUGACAAUUUUUUGAAUGACAUCUAAUGAUACAUGCCUAAUUUGCCCAAUGCAAAACUUGUGCAAAAUGGCUUAAGUUUCUUUUCUCCACCCCAGCCCUCUGUGCACCCCAAAGCAUUCUUUGUAGAAUCCUCUGGGGCAAUAUUUUUCCCCAAGGUGGCUUCAAAGGGAGGACAGGAAGGAGAAGUCCUGUUGCGCGAGUGGAUCUUGCCCAUUGAGUGUACUUUCAGAUGACACCUUAAUGAGUAGGCUUUUCUGCAGUGAAACUUGCUUUGCUUAGUUCUUACAAAUGAGCUUGGACUGCUAAAAGCCACUUUGUAAAAUUGUGAUCUUACUUUGAUCUUGUACUGAAAUAAUUAUGCUAGUUUGGAUUUUGAAAUAAGUUAGAAUGGGAAAGAGUUGGAGAUUUAUUGGCUGUAUCUAGAGGAUUUGUUGUUGAUGAUUGUCUUUGUUUCCCCUAAAAAGAUUUCAUCUAACUUCCACUUUGAUACUGGUUUAAUUUAGUCUAUUCUAGAGGUUUUUUUCAAAGACAAGAAUGCCUUUGGGUUCUUAUCAUAAAUGUUAGUUUGCAGCAAGUACAGUAUUCUGUUUUAUUACAGUGAGUAAGGAGGACAGGUUACAAAAGUAUAGUUAUGCAUGAGGUGGGGGGGAAAGAAUAGGUUCUCUUUCUCCUGAUGUUUGAGCCCUGGAUCAUCAAGUGAAACUAAAUAGUGAGACAUUCAGGGCAGACAAAAGGAAAUACUUCUUCAAACUGCAUAGUUAAACCAUGGAGUUUGCUAACAUGGUAGUGACCACCAACAUGGACAGCUUUAAAAGGGAAAUAACCUUUAUCUUCCAAUGGACACUAAUUGGACACAACCCUUUAUGAGCAAAUAUUAUUUUAUAGUACAAAAAGAAAAUUUAACAGAUUCAGAAUAGGAAACUUAAUAUAAAUUACUUAUUAUACCGUAAUUCAUUUAACUCCAUUAUUUAAAUCUAGGUGCUUUAAAUCAAUCAAUUUUGUCAAACUUCUUUGCAUUGCACCAAAGAAAAUUAUCUCUUCCUUUUUUUGUUGUUGUUUUUUGUUAUAGAGGUGACCACUGUAUCACAGUGAACUCAAACAGUUCUGAGAUUCCUGUUAGAGGAUAGUAUUUCACUGUGCAGAAAUUUCUUGUACUUUUGAUUUAAAUUAUAGCAACAGCAGUUGGGAGUUGUUGGCAUUUUAAAAAGCAACUCGCCAGAAGUGUGAUGACACAAUUCAUUUUUAGACUUCAGGUGUUUUGGCAGAACUUCCAUGCUGUAGUGUAACUUAUCCUAAGUACAUGUAAAUGCAAUAAUCACAUCCUUUCCCUGUUGAUCCUGGCUCCAUUUGUUUCCCUCUCUCUGUUGUCUGUCUGGUAUCCUAGAUUGUAAAACCCUCAGGGAACGGAUCUGUUCUGUCAUUAUUUGUGGAUAAUGCUGUAGAAAUAAUACUGUGUGUAUAGUGUUAAAAUACUGUUGUGAGUUUGCAGCAGAUAGGCUGUAUGCCCUGAGCCACCCUUCCAAUUCCUGGAUCCAGCAUGGAUUCAGUUGCUGGAAUAGCCAGACCAUCCUGGUAAUGGCCCACAAAGGGAGCGGCUCUGUGCCAGAGGGCAAAGGGUUAGCCCUCCCCUCCCUCAAUUGUCUGUUAGAAAGACAAAAGUCCAGAGUUGAGAGUUGAGCUUUGUGAACUAGAAGCUGGAUGCAAAAGCUACAGGCUGGAAAGGCAGAGAGACAGAGAGAGAGAGAGAGGCCUGAUUUCCGCUGCAAUCCAAGGUUGUGGCUAUGAGAGAAGCAGGACUUUCUUGGGAGGUUAAUGCUGUGAACCUCUCCAUCGUAGGCUCAGGUCGCGUAUAUGUGUAAAUUAAGCAGAUAUCAUAAAGACUCAACAGUCUCUAAAGUGUCUCAAAAGAAAACACAAACCCUGGGUAAGUGCCUGGGACCCCUGGAAUCUCACACCACUCAGAGAUUGGGAUGGCAUGCAACAAUACCUUAAAUGUGUUUAUGUGCAUGUUUUAAAUAAGAAAUCUGAUAAAAGUUAGCUGGAAAUUCUUCUUAGACUUGGUUAUGUGAUAGAGAUCUUCUCCUUAUUCUUUCUGAAAUAUUUAUGUUUGCACCAAUUAAUAGAUUGUGCAGCCGUUGAGUCCUAAAGCAUUCUGUUGAGAGCAACAUGUUUGCAGAGUUUUCCUAAUCCUAUCAACCUAACUUUAGGGUUACAGGGUGUUAAGGUUGCAAAAUCAUGCACUAAUGAACUUAUUUAUUGCAAAGUGAGUGCCUUCUGAAGGAAAGUAUUGGGUGCACAUUUUUUUUUUUUGUUUAAAACUGCCUGGGAAGGAAGAAAAUUUUGUGCAUAUAUAUAUAUAUAUAUAUAUAUAUAUAUAUUUUCAAGGAAAGAUUUUGGUAGAACAGAAGUUCAAAGCCGAACACCACAUGAGAUCUUUGCCAACAAGAGAUAAGAGUGGGAGAUGAGUUAAACUCUUGCUGCCACUGUUCUUGCAUGCUAUUUGGUGCCAAGUUCAUUGGAUCCUCUAUAUUUGGAUAUGCGACUUUGCUGCAUGUACCAAGCAUAUUCAUCAACGCUUGACAGUUUUUCCCUUGGAGAAAAUUUCUGUGGUUUUCCAGAAAUUUAUGUUUUCGAUAUAUUAAAACCAGCUAGCAGAGAAAAACAUUUUAAGCACUGGCACUGGCUGUUUGCACAGGUAGGCACUACUUAACCUUGUUCAACAAACCAGCCCUAAAUACAUUAAUGUAAAUCUCAUCAAAAUAAAUGAAACAGGAAGCAAGUCAGCUGUUCUUUUUUUAUAGGUUCUAAAUAAAACAUUUUAUUGCAGCUAGGAUCAAACCCAAUUUAUUGAGCAUUUUAAAAUGUGUAUAUUUUUUAUAAAUGUAUACAUACAUUUAUGCUAACGUGACUUACAUGGUUAGCUACCAGCGUUUUUAGUUAUACAUGGGAAUGCUUUUCUUACACACUUCAGUAACAGAGCUCGGAUAACUGGAUGGUAUAGAAAAGUCUAAAUAAUGAAUAGAGUGGCACCCAAGUUCUUUGAGCAGAACAGUCUUCCAUUCAUGCAAUCUGCUCCAUAGGAUUGGAGGACCUUCCUAAACAGAUCUGGGAGCAGAAGCUGUACCUAUGAGGCACCACUCACAGGUACAAUUUUUUUAUAGAGAAUCAGGUAUUUUCUUUCAAGCCUUCCAGAUAUUUGCUCAUCUUCACCUCCCCAGCAUUCAAUAUAUUGGUAUCAAAAAAAGAAAGAAAGAGAACAUAAGUAGUAACAGAAACCCCUUGCUGAUUUAACUACUAUUCUCUUUUAGUUGGAAGAUGGGGAAGAAAAGCCGAGUGAAAACUCAGAAGUCAGGCACUGGAGCCACGGCAGCAGUCUCUCCUAAAGAAAUGUUGAAUCUAAUUAGUGAAUUAUUACAAAGUAAGUAUGUUGUACUGCAGUUGUGGCGAAGGGGAUGAUCUCUAUAAGUUCAUGUGGGAAGUAGGCAGAGCUGAAUUUGUUUCUAUUCAGUAUUUAAAUUAGGAAAGGAAAGUCUAUACAGGCUCUAGCCCCUCUAUUCCUGUAAAAUAUAUUAGAGGUUCAUGGCUUCAAUGAACAUAUGCUUUUAGUAUUGGAGUUCAAAUGGAAGUUAUGAAAUUGAACAUAUAAAUCAAUUUAUAAUACUCUCUUGAUGUUAAGGAGAGGAGAAAAGUUAAAUUUCAGUGAGCAAUAAUUUUUUGUUUUUUUAUCUUUCCAGAAUGUAGCAGUCCAACUCCAGGUCCUGGAAAGGAGUGGGAAGAGUAUCAACAGAUCCGAGCUCUUGUUGAGAGAAUCCGUAAAAAACAGAAAGGUAAACAAGAAAUUGCUAAUUGCUUGUGGUCAGAAGUAAUUUUGGCACUGCGUUUUGCUGCCUUCUGUCUUUUAAAAAGACUCUAAUUAAAUUCCAAGCACACUCUGAGUCACAAAUAUUUCUUAUUUUAGUAUUCUCAAAAAGACUGAGCUUUCAUUCCUUUGCAAAAGUGUUGAACAGAGACUAGUCUGUAUUGUAGAGUGGAGCAGAGCACCUGAGUGUUGAACUUUCAGGGACCACUUCAAGUAUUAUAAAUGUUUAGUUGUGAAGCAUGUUUGUUUAGUUGCUAAAUGCUUUUUAUUUGUAAGCAUUCCCCUUAUUUAAAACAAAAUAGCUGGUCUUUCAUCAGUCAUUACAUUCUUUGUGUGUGUGCUGACACCACAACUGCUAUUUUUGCAGUGUCUGCAAUGAUAAUUUGUAUUGGAUGAUUCAUUAGUCACAUUUAACCUGGUAGGUUAUGUUUGCGUAACAUCUUAAAACAAGUGUUUACAUUUGAAAAGAAAUUUCCUGUUAAGAUUAUUGUUAAUGCUUGAAUAGAUACCAAAAAUUGGGCAGUCCCAUUUGCAAGUGACCACUACAGGGAACUCAUCACUUUGUUUCUAGAAACAAUCCUUUUGUUUAUGCUUUUUUCUUCCCCUUUAUUUGUGGCAUCACAGUAAAAAUGUGAGUUUAAUUAUUGAAGUGCACAUGUGGGCUGUAUGUGCUUUUAUUCUACAUGGUAAAAAGAAAAUCUGUCUUAGCCUGAGCUCCACAUGCAUAUUAACUUUUUAAAAUAAAAAAGGUAGAACAAUCUAAAAGUGCUGCUGUAGACACUUCCUCGUUCACAUUUAUACAAUAAAGUAUUUUCCUCAUGUUUUAAAACAUUGCAGUACAGUAAUGUUAAGAAACAGUUCGUUGACCUUGUUAGGAAUGUUUAACAUUUUAUAUCUCUAGCUACAGUAAAUAAUUCUGGCAUUUCUAACUCUUCUCACUCUGAUGGAAUUCUACAGUUUUACCAUUUCCCCUGUUUGCCCUAGCUUGUGAGGCUUAUCCUAUGCCUACUUGGAGAAAGAUCUGUAGGUUCAUAAUGAUGCCAAGGAGAACUUCAUUAAAGUGAACCCUCCCUAAAUAUAAGGCAAAUUAAGAUAAUGUAAUCUGUGGUCAAGAAAAACAAAGGAAUUGUGCCAAAUAGCUUUUCAUAAGCAUGUGACUUGACUGGCAGGAUAUGUGGUGUUUUCGCUGAGGAAUUUGGGAGUUGCUUGAGUUCACUUUUUAUUGACACAUUGUCUUUCACUCUGAGAAUUAAAGCCUUGGUUGACCAAAUUGAAUUGAAUUGAUUGUACACCCGUACCUUGGAAGCUGAACAGCUUAGUUCCCGAACGUUUUGGCUCCCGAACGUCGCAAACCCAGAAGUGACUAUUCCCGGCUUCUGCGGCUUCUGAUUGGCUGCAGGAGCUUCUUGCAGCCAAUCAGAAGCCGUCCUUUGGUUUGCGAACAUUUUAAGUUGAACAGACUUCUGGAAUGGAUUCCGUUCAACUUCCAAGGUACAACUGUAUUUUAAAAGCUGCUAUGAAUGCUUCCUAAACGUUUUUAACAUCUGUGUUAAUUAGUACUGGUGACUCAUUGUGUUUUUCUCUGCUGCUAAAUAUGUACAUAGGUUUGUCUGUCGUAUUUGAUGGGAAAAGAGAAGAUUAUUUCACUGAACUAAUUAACUGGGCCAGAGAGAAUGGUGCAUCUACAGAGGGCUUUGAAGUGGCUAACUUUGGUGAAGAGGGUUUUGGUUUGAAAGCUACGAGAGAGAUAAAAGUGAGUAUAGGAUGGCAUUGGAAGGUACAUUGGGGGCAUUUAAAGGUCACUCAACCAGUCCCCAGUGUUUGAAAUACUAAAAGACUAGAUCUUUUGAAAUUUACUACAGGUGUUGAGCUUGUCCAAAUCAUGGUCCUGAUGCAGAGAUCCUCAUGUGGAAUAGCAGGAUCCUCUAUCUUCCAGAAGACAGUGAUGUUACAAUACUGUAUCUCGUCGAUGUGCUAAUAUGUCCCUUGUGAAAGAAAAUGUUAGGUAUAAAUGGUCUGUCUCCCCAUCCUCCUCCAAUUAGUGAUGCAAACAUUGCACAAGCACAUAUAGUGCAGAGGCAUAAUGGUCACAGAGUAUAAUAAUAGUGGUUGCACCAGGUGUUGCCCAGCAUCUUUCACAGGUGGAAGACUUGGACUUAGGUUGUGCACUGUGCCACUGUGCUUCCACUAGCAGUAUGGCUGUUUUGCAGGCAGAUUACCACAAUUUGUUACCAUCCUGUAUGUUUAUCAGAUCUGUAUGAUAUUGUGAACUUUCCUUGUGUUUUUCUAGGCAGAAGAGCUUUUUCUCUGGGUUCCCAGAAAAUUGUUGAUGACUGUUGAAUCAGCGAAAAAUUCAGUUUUGGGUAAGAGAAGAUUUUGAAUGCGUUUGCAGAUGUGCAAAGGCUGUAUUGAUGGAAAGUUCUCCACUAGCAAAACGAUGAAAAUUGUCAUUUAUAAUUGUCUAGUGGGCUUAUUACAAUGCUUGAACAAUGUAUCAUAUUUAUUAUUAUUUAUUGAACUGGGGUGUAUGGGGAGGGGUAGUACCUCUGGUGGGGAACACUUCAUGCUUCUUCUGGGGUACUUUGUCUACCUUUGGUCCCUAUCGUGUACUCAGCUCUCACCUGUGGCUUCUAGAAGCUGGUGGCAUGCAACAACGGCCACAGCCCGGGAACAGCUUUGACUGGCUGGCUAAACUAUAUGAGGGUAGCCGAUGGGUCUCAAACCCUCAGUAAGUUUAGGUAUUCCCUUGCAUGCAAAGACGGGCUCUGGCAGAUUGAGUGGAUGAUACCUAUAUUGAGUCCAACAGUCAAGAAGAUGGCUCCUACACGUGAGAGGCAAAUGGGUCUCGUCAACCUAGGAAGGUAGCCCAUCUAGCAGAAAGAAAACUCUGGUCCUAAACCUCUGCUGCCUUGUGGGAUAUCGUCAGGAGAAGAGAGGGCUAAGGAGUAAACCCUAAACAAAUAUGGAGUGGAGUCCCUAAGAUGGUUGGAUGGCACCUUGUACGCCUCCUUCUGACAAACUCCUGCUUCCAAGCUGGUGCCAAAUGUAUUGCUCUGCUUUCUUUUCUCAGCAAGGCCAAGAGGGGUGUCUUGUUAUCUGGGCAGCCCAGGACCUGCAUACACACUGCCCAGGCUUGCGCUCCAGGGAGGUCACUGCAGUGCUGCUAACACAGCGCGGUUUGGUUUCACCUCUGUUGUCUCUUGAGACAGAUGGAUGCCAACUAAUUUAUUGAAAUUACCAUUUUUAGAUCAGUUUAAAGGUUACAGGAAAGUUGCAGAAAGUCUAUAAUAGGAAGUAAACAAAAUUCAUGUUAUUGCAAGACGUACUUAUUUUGUUAAAGUUUUCUUUCUUACAAAAAUCAUUUAAUAUGCACUUAGAAAUCCUGUUAGGGGGACUAAAAUUUCUUUAUGGGUUCUUUUCAUUUUUAGGAUCCUUGUAUUCUCAAGACCGAAUUCUCCAAGCCAUGGGCAACAUCACGCUAGCAUUCCACCUUCUUUGUGAACGCUGCAAUCCUAGUUCUUUCUGGCUGCCUUACAUCCAAACUCUCCCAAGUGAAUACAAUACUCCUCUUUACUUUGAAGAAGAUGAGGUUCAAUAUCUUCAGUCAACUCAGGCCAUACAUGACGUUUUCAGCCAAUAUAAAAAUACUGCUCGACAGUAUGCCUAUUUCUACAAAGUUAUUCAGGUAAGAGCCUGGAACAGACACUGCAUUAUAUGAGGACCAUAGCAAAGUAGAACUCUGACAUUUUUAAAAGGCUUGUUAAGUGGCCUAAAGUUCUAAGUACCACAGUACCAAUGCUAACCUGAUUACUUUUUUACCAUUGCUUAUACUAGCAGAAUGCUGUUGCCAUGAUAGUUGUUGUGUGUGGAGGUGGUGGUUAUAUAUGGAAGGACUUCUGAUAGAAGCGCAGUACAUCGUCUUGUUGAGUGCACACAUGCGACAUACAUUUUGGGAUAGCUAUCUAGUGUUAUUGGAAGAGGGUAGAUUUUGCCGCCAUCAGUCAGCAGUGUCCCAAUUGCACCAUUUUAUUUUCUCUAUAGUGGAGACCUGAUUAAUACUACUUUUUGCCCCUGGUGUGCCUAGCCUUUAGAUGUCUGCAUAAACCUAUUCUGGGUUGUUGUGAUGGAAUUUUGAGAAUCACUCAAAAUAUGCUAUAUCUGUUUCCUGCAGAAGAUACUUUGUAGUGAAUGGGAAGGGCUUCAUUUUCCUUUGUUCACAUAUGCAAAAUGAUCUGAAAAUGAUUGUGAUCAUCUGGCAUACACUUGUGAAAUUUUGUGUUCAUUUUUAGUGAAAAAUCUUUAGCCUGUAAGGUGCUGAUAUACUUCAGAUGAUAUAGAAUGUAUUGGCAAUAAUUCAGUUGUUUGCAGAGCUCAUUCAUUCUCGUGUAUGACUCUUCGUUUGUAGCCUUCACCCUGCUCCCCGCCCCCCGAAUAUAUACCUAACAUAUAUCUUUCCUCUUAAGGAAGUACUGUAGCUCAGUGGUAGAGCACAUGAAUUCACAUGCAAAAGAUCCCAAGUUCAAUCCUGGGCAUCUCCAGCUGGAUCUGGGCAGGACUGUGUGAAUUCUGAAGAGCCACUAGCUAUCACUAUAGACAAUAUUGAGCUCUAUGAAACAGUGAUCUGGCUCUGUGUAAGGCAGCUUUCAAUGUUCCUCUCUUUAUUUUACUGUUCUUUUAUGAAGAGUAUGCUCAUGCUUAUGAUCUUAAAAGUGCUUUACUUCAGUAGUAAAAUACUUCACUUGUGUAUCUCCUGUCCUGUCAUCUUAGUAAACUGAGUUAGCUGUUUAGAAUUGAGUAAAUUUUCUGCUGGAGUAAACUAUGGCCUUUUAAAACCAUGAUAAAAAGGUAACAAAACCCAGACACCAUAUAAUUUUACUUCAUGCAGUCUAAACACAACCAGUAUCUCACUAUCUAGAUUUUUAUCACCCCUGUAGCUCUCUUCUGUAUCUUUUUUUCAGGGUAACCAAAUUCGUAAUGAACUGUGGAGUCCCAUUUUUAUACAAACUGUACCAGAUAAUAUCUUCAAAGUACUAAGUAGUGUUGUUGCUUCUUAACUCUUUGAAGUGGCUGGGGUUCAAAGAGGGUACAUGAAUGAGCAGGAAAGAACUAUAGGCUCAGUCUCAGAGCUUUGCUCACUUUCUCUCUUUUUUGCUGUAGUUGCUUUUUCGCUCUGUAGAAGAGGCAGACAAUCACUUAGUUUUAGGGACAUGGAAACAGCUACACCAUAGAGUAAGCAACCCUUUGGCUGCAGGUAAAGUUCUCUCCUGUGUGUUCACGUGUUGACUUUCAUUCCUGACCAUCGUUCCUAUAGUCAUAAUCCUAUUUCAGAACCUACACCUCAGUAUUCACACUGAUGUGUAGAUCAUUGAUUCCGAAACUGUGGUCCAUGAAUUUCAUUUGAGUGGUCUGCAGUAUACCCGCAUUAAAUAUUCAUCUUGUAUUUUUAUUGCUUCUAUAUUUCUAUUUUAUUUUAUUGUAUUGCAUUUUAAUUUGCAAAUUUUAAUUAAAAAAAAUAAGAAAUAAAGGAAGCAAUAAAAAUACAGUUAAAAAUCAUUCAUCUAGUAUAGGACAUUACAGUUGCUACAACAGGCAGAAAAAUCAUUGAGUUGUCUACCAAGAUAAUCAACAGUUUUUAAGUAGCCUGUAGAGUGGGAAGUUUGGGAACUACUGGGUAGGUAAUCUAGAUAGAAAAGCAGCUUUGUAGUGGCCUACCUGCCAGCUCCCUGGGCAAAAGUAUCACAGCUACUGCUGUGAAACCAUUGCAUCAGGAGCUCAUCUGGGGCUGAGUGCCUCUGCACAGUAGUACUAUUGAUCCAUAGCUCCUUCUUCCUUGACAGCUCUGUAGAGCUGACAAGCUAGUGGACUCUUUUGAGGAGGCAGGUUUGUGGGGGAGGAGAGAACAUUUUCAGUUCUGAAAAUGGCAUUUGUUUCUUGUAACACAGCAUCGCCUGUUCUCAAUCUGUAUACAUUUUCCUUAUGAGUGUUUCUUUCUUGGACCUAUGUCUUACCCUUGUCACACAUAGCAUUUCAUAGCCACAGAUGUAAUGUAGCUGCCUCUGAGUAAUCAAGGCAUUAUAUUGUUAACACUAUUGAAAAAGUGUCAUUCAGGUAAAGUGUACUGGCAGAACAUCUUCUCAGACAUCAUUUUGUGGCUCCUUAAAAAUCAGGCAAAGAUUUCUUAGGUAGUUAUUCAGCCUUCAUCAAUCCUUUAUUGCACAGAAAUGUUUCCAAUAUACAGAUGGGUUUACCAUGCAGCAGCGUGUUUCAGCCAUCAAUGUUUAAUGGAACAAAAUCUCUGCUGAAACAUAAUCUACUUCCUGCCUGUCUUUAUUGAAUUGUAAUAUCUAUUUACAAUUAUUUAGACUGUUUUUUUAAUAUUUUAAAAUUAAAGUUUUGUACUUAAUGUUGUCAUAAAAGCCACUUCGAAAGGUAGGCUAGACAAAAUAGUCCCAGUUUGCCUUUAAAGCUAUGUGAGUGGUUUUGUUUUGUUUUUUACAGAGGAUAUGAAAAAUAUCAACACUAGGUUUCCAUAGUACUGAGUAUAUCCAUUAUUUUAUUUCAAGAGCCAUGUUUAUACAAAAACUGUCUUUGUUUCUUUGCUUCAGGAGUCUAGGUUGUUCUAAAGUUGUAAUAGUACUACUAGGUGGUAUUUAUAAUUUGGGGAGUUCAAACCAUGUCUGGACAAUUCUUAAAAGGUUAAAAAGGUAAAGGAAUCCUGGACAGUUAAGUCCAGUCAAAGGUGACUAUGGGGUUGCGGCGCUCAUCUCACUUUCAGGCCAAGGGAGGCAGUGUUUGUCCACAGACAGCUUUCUGGGUCAUGUGACCAGCAUGACUAAACUGCUUUUGAUGCAACGGAACACCAUGACGGAAACCAGAGCGCACAGAAAUGCCUUUUACCUUCCCGCCACAGCAGUACCUAUUUAUCUACUUGCACUGGCAUGCUUUCAAACUGCUAGGUUGGCAGGAGCUGGGACAGAGCAAUGGGACCUGACCCUGUCACGGGGAUUCGAACCACCGACCUUCUGAUCAGCAGGCCCAAGAGGCUCAGUGGUUUAGACUACAGCGCCACCCGCGUCCCUAUGGACAAUUCUUAUAUUAUUGUAUAAAGGGUUAGAUUUAGAUUUCUUCCAUUGGGAACAGAAGGUACUAUAUUAAUGAGAUGCAAAUGUCACAGAUAAGCUCCAGCAUUAUUAUUUUUUUAAACUGGCAACGCCAGGCAUCUAACACUGCUUUAACUGAUAGGCUAACCAAUCUUCAUGCCUGCCAUAUGUUACCCUAGUGCAAAGUUAGUAAAGUUUACCACUAAAUGGCAUGAUAGCUAGUUUAUAAUUUACAUGUACUACUGACAUUCAAGAGGACAGAGGUGUAAUCAUCAUCUUGCCAGAAUUUCUAAGUGAGAGAUGUACUUGGGAGGAAUAAUGGGGUGUCUGUAUGUUCUUUAAGAGGGAUCUGUUAAAAUGCAUAUUGCCCUAACGUCAUGUGGUUCAACUCUUCUUAUGCUCAUGCUCUUAUGGCCUACCUGCUGUUGCAUCGUUUAAAAAAACAAGCCCAAUCUACUAACCUCUUACCCAUAUGAGAUUCAGUCAUAUAUCAGUCCCUAUAAUAGUGAACUCAGGUGGUGUGUGCUGACAGAGAUGGGGCCACUGAGAAACAAUAAAGAAGUAUCAGCAGAGUCUGAAGAAUGCUGAGAUUUGUUGAAAUGCUAACAAUAUUUUUAUAGCCUAAGGGAGCGAAAGAACGAAACACAAACAGUCCAGUGAUGACAGAGCAUUCUGGAAAGGAAAGACAUUAAAGCAGGGAUGGGUAGAGAUGGUCUGCUGGAAGAGAGCAUGGCCAACUGGCUGGAGCUCUAAACAAGAACAUUUUGUGGCAGCUAAGAGAUAGAGCUACUAAUCAGGAAGUCCGUGAUUUGAAUCUGAUCUCUGUCAUUAGCUCACUAGUUGAUCUUAGGUAAGCCAUUCUUUCCCACCUCUCCCGCCCCACCCCCCCAAAAGCCCCAAGCCACCUGUAGAUGGGGAAUAAUAGUGAUUUAUCUUACAGGGCCGUUGUAAGGAUUGCAAUUAGAUAUGCACAUGAAGCAUUUCAAACACCUGAAAGGGUUUUACAGAUUUCGAGCAUUGUUGUCGCUGUCUAAUGAAUUGUGCCAUAUCUCGUUGGAAAUCCAAGGGGUUGUAUGAGAGGCAACUAGAACUACUUUAAAAAAUGCAUCCUUCCCAUCAGCUAGCAAAUAAAUACAUGGUAUCUUAUCUCCUCCUGUUCUCACAAAGACCCUGUGAUAAUGACUGGCAUAGAUUUUAAAAAAAGAAAAACUAAAAAUGCAGAAUCAAGCAUAGGACAAAAUCAUCACAGAAAACAGGUAUGAAAUCAGUGGCAUAGUUGAGUUUCAAGGCUGACCUGAGUCCAAGUUCAGCACUCUUUCCUGCACCACGGUGGCUUUUUGUAAAGUAAAGUGGUGGCAUUUUGAUGUAUUCUUUUGAGAUGUGUUAUGUUCGUUUGGUAGCCAGUAAUCACUUCUUCAUGAGAGCAGAGGGGAGGUUUAGAAGAGGGCAGUUUUCAGCUAAGCUCUACCUUUCUCUACGUAGUCUGGAUGUUCAUGAAGAUGGCAGAGACUUCUUCCUUUUACAGUUGCUCCCAGCUGAAUAUUAGUCUGGUUUGACAACUAAACACAGGUGCAACACUGGCCUGCCAGAAAUAGCCCAAAGGACUGCACUGACACCAUUGAAAUGUAUGCAAUUUGAUACUUAAAAUGUGAACGAAGGCAGGUGACUGGAUCUCUUAAGAUUGCAUUUCAAGAAAGAGAAAGGGUUUGGGGCUUAGAUGUUCAAGUUACUUCAGGAGGGGUUUUCAGUUUGUUCUAAUAUGUCCAUUUACUUGCCCCCCCCCCCCAAUUUGCGUGUGUUACUACCAUUAGCAUGUUAUGGGCACUGAAUGUGCACAGCGGAGUGAACAGAAUCUGUUAUGUUUAUUGCAUAAUGCUGGAUUCUCUAUGCACUGAAAUGUGGUGUAAUAAGCACAAGAGGGAGCCAUAUAGUUUUACAUUCAGAGUAAGAUUCCUUGUUCCUUGAAGAUCUAUAAUUUAGUUUGCCUUUGUAAAUGAAUAUGCAGUGGUUUUCUGUUUUAACUUUUUCCCCAGCUUCACAAGGGGCAUGGUUGCAGCCUUCUGUCAAGGGGAAUUGGUCCAUAGAUUAUUGCAGAGCAGUGCUCUUUAGCUCAUAAAACAUAGGCAGCAGUACUUUCCCAGCUGAACCCCCUUUUCUGCCAGAUUGGGAAAUGAGAGAGGGAGAAAAAAGUGAAUGAUGAAAGCUUUUCAUUCACCUUCUUAGUAACAAAAACAUUUCAACGUAAGUAUUGCUUUCAAAACUGUAUUAUGUCUCUACUGCCAAAAUAACACCCCUAGAAAACUAACAUUCCUCAGUCUUCAGUAUAAUUUGAAUUGCUUCCGGGGGGAAAGAGCCACAAAAGGGUUAGGAAAUUUGUCAGGGGCGUUAACUAUUCUUUAAUUUCUCCAUAUUGAUCAUUUCACAACAGCUUUCCAGUGUUUCAAAGCUACUUUUCUAAAAGUUCUACGGACAGGGAAAGGUGAAACCAUCAUACAGUUAACACAUCUGCCUGUUGUCUAUUGCUUUUGCACAGUUAAGGACCAGGAGUGUAUUUGCCUAUAUUCAUCCCUACAGGCAAAGUGCUACAGUGGCAAGGCCAGAAUGCAGUCCAGACAGCUGCUUCCUCCUCGAUCUGCAUGCCAGAGGAGAGGUACACACUCCUGAGUGCAGUUGCCAAGUCAGCAAAAGGAUCCCCCUGAGAUGCUCUCUUUACAGAGAGGCCUUUUUACAGUAGAAAAUAUGUAGCAAGGUAUAUUGGCUCAGAUACUUUCUUAUGGACUGGUGGCGGUGCAACAUGUAUUAGAGAAUCAGUGGGGCACAGCAAUCUCUGGAUAUAAACUAUACAGGAAGGACAUACUGGAGGUGGUGUUGCUCUGGAAGUUAAAUAGGGCAUUGACUCCAGGAAGCUAGAAAUCCCCAAAGGGACAGAAUCAUUGUGGGUGAUGAUUUCUGGUCCCGGUAGAAUUUUAGUAAGUACUGGGGAAACACUAUCGUUCCCUGAUGAAAAUGUUUGGGAAGAUCUAGAGAAGAAGAAUGAAAUCAAGCAAGCACCCAGAAGAGGAAAUGUUGUAAUUUAAUUAAUUAAUUAAUUAAUUAAUGUGUAACUUACACUCUAGAGGGCAAGGGACGCGGGUGGCGCUGUGGGUUAAACCACAGAGCCUAAGACUUGCCGAUCAGAAGGUCGGCGGUUCGAAUCCCUGCGAUGGGGUGAGCUCCCAUUGCUCGGUCCCAGCUCCUGCCAACCUAGCAGUUCAAAAGCACGUCAAAGUGCAAGUAGAUAAAUAGGUACCGCUUCAGCGGGAAGGUAAACGGCGCUUCCGUGCACUGCUCUGGUUCGCCAGAAGCGGCUUAGUCAUGCUGGCCACAUGACCCGGAAGCUGUACGCCGACUCCCUCGGCCAAUAAAGCGAGAUGAGCGCCGCAACCCCAGAGUCGGUCACGACUGGACCUAAUAGUCAGGGGUCCCUUUACCUUUACACUCUAGAGGUAUCACAUUAUAUAGUCCCUAUAUCAGGUGAUUUACAAAUGGGGGAAAAACACUCAUAAAGGGACUCCACAAUUUAGCAGAAAGGCAUAGAUAGAGGAAAAAGAGUUCAUAAUGCCUGCAGAAGAGAUUAGUAAUUAAAGGGGGGAGGGGUUGACCAGAGGGGUGGGGAUGAAGUUGGUUUGAAUAUAGACAAAGAAGUAGCAAGGUAAUUCCAAAGAUAAGGAUCAAUAACAAUGUAGUUUUAGAAAAGAGGCAUGUAUCAAAAGAAUGAAGAGAUUAAAUAUAAAGUGAGGCAAGUGAUUAAAAGUUGAAUUUUAAAGUAUGAAAUUAAGUGGAAUCCAGUGAAGUUGACAAACCCAAAGCAGGGACAUUGUGGAAGUGAUGAAAACAGAAAAUGGGACUUGAUUCAGCAUUCGUAAGAGAACCAAGAUGUAGAUUAAGGAAGGCCGGUGAGAAGAACAUAAUCAAGAUGAGAAAUAAUAACAGAUUGAAAAGUGUUUUAGUAGUGCUAUAUGGAAGAAAGGAAUUAAUCUUAGAAAUAUUGAGGUCAUGAAAAAAGAUCUGGCAAGGUCACAGAUAUGGGAGGAAAAGGAUAAAGUGGAAUCAAAAGCAAUACCUAGAUUAUAAGUGUUAUAGAAGAAUAGCAAUACUAGUUAAGAGGGGGAGAACAAUGCAAAGAAAAGAUUUGGCAAGACCAAAUUCUUAAGAUUUAGUUUGAAAAGACAAAAUUGUAAUUGUUGACAUAGAAAAGAUAGGAGAGAUCAUAAAGAAUGUGAUGAGUUGGGGCUUCAAUACAGAACCCUGCAAGAGACUAACAAAAUGAGGGGAAAUUUGUGAGAAGGAGCCAUUAUAAGACAUUUUGAAAUAAUAAUUAGACGAAUAUUGAGAGAACCAAGUGAGGGCAGAAACUCUGUUUGGAGAAGAAUGGAAUUAUUAUCAAGGGCUGACGACACACAGGCCCUGCUUUCCGAACACAAUGCGUUCCCAGGAAAUUGUUCGUUAUGCGAGUGUUUGCACAAUGAGCUGAUGAUUUCCAUUAUUUCCUAUGGGAACAUUUCUAAUCCAUGAUUUGUCUGAUCCCUCUCCCUCCCUCCAUUCUUUCUGCCUGAAACAGCUGGUUUCAACCAGCACAACACAAGUAAGGAAGUGGGCAACCUUCUGAUAUUUGAAUCAGCCAUUUGUGUAGCAAGGUUGGGUUAUAAUUCUUUGUGUUUGGAUAACUGAGAUUUUGAAUAACAAAUGUUCCAAUAGUGGGAUCUGCAUGUACCAUCCGCAGUAUAGAACUAGCAUAAUCUAUAUUGCAAGGUGAGGAUCCCUGCUAAGCAGCCUGAAGCAACACAGCAGAGUAUGUCCCUUUGCCACACUGUCACCCAGGAUUUGGAUACUAAUAUUUUCAAGAUAAAUAGAAACCAAUUCACUAAGUCCCUUUUCUGUAACAGUGGGAAAAUUGGGAGGCUGAGUGAGAACUUCCCAUUUUGAAAAUCAUAAACUUCUCAUUUGGGAAACAGUUAUCUUCUGUAUUUUAGACCCUGUUUGCCAACAUAACUACUUUUAAUUUAUUUCUGCUUCUCUGAAUGGCUUACGAUCCCAUUAAAAUAGUCUCCCCAAACACUUUGUCUGAAAACGCUGUGCUUCAAAACCAUAUAUGCCAAUAUUAGAUGAAAUUGUUUCUGCACAUUUUUAAGCCGCACUUGGGAGAAAUAUUAUGUUGGCUAGAAAAUACAGAGGUCUAUGGAGACUCUUGCUUUAGAAGAUGAGGUUUCUAACCCCUCUCCUGUCCACAAAUUCAGAAGAGCAGUUGAUUCUGCAGCUAUAAUAGUACAACCGCUUAUUUUCCUCAUAUCAAGUUGCACUUCCACAGAGCAACUGCCUCCAUCCCCAGGGAUGUUAUCUGUGUUUUGGGACUCCAUGCCUCAACAGUUAAUCAUACUUUUUCACUGAUACAUAGGCCUUAUUGUUAGGAUUUAAUACUUUUUUUUCUUGAUGUAACUGCAGUUAUGAAUGUUCAAUAAAAUCAAAGCACAGUAGAAAGCUGGUGUAUCUAGAGUGAAAUACUCAAAGGAGAUAUAUAUUCUAAGCACUGUUAAACUAUUUAAGGGACUUAUCUUGGUGGAAAUUAGUAAUUUAACUAAAUUAGAAAAUGGAUUAUCUUAUACACUCUUAGAGUCUUGUGAUACGUCUCAGUGUAGGAGGCUGGAAUGUUUCUGAAGUGAAACUUAUAAAAUGCUUCUUUCUGUGUUCGCUGUGAUAAAACUUAAGCAUAAUUGCUUCCCUCUAUUCACAUCUCUGAGUGCUGUCCAAUGAUUGCAUCACUAGCCAAAGUAAUCCUAAGUCAUUUGAAAGUCCUAACAUACUGCUCUCUUGUACGCACUGCUCUUACCAUGUAGAAAGGGUUCUGCUAACCACCAUUAUAUCAGGUAAUUUCAGUGGACUGGUGAAAAUAGCUUUUGUUUAGAACACCAAGAGUUUUUGUGUUUUCACUAAGCUUUCAGUGAAAAUACUACCUAGAGAUUUUUAAAAUAUUAAGUGGUUUAUAAAUGCAAACAAACAAACAAAUAGGUGCUAAAUAAGACUCUGAUUGGCAUACUGACUCGUAGUACCUAAAAAUUACGGAACAGUCUGGCCAUUAAAAUGAAUGUUACAUUGUAAAGGUUAUGGGUAUUGAAUUAUUGAUUAUAUGAUUAUACCGAAUACUAUAUUAAAUGCCAAUUUAUAAGCCUUCAUAGAAUCAGAUUUGCAGAGACCCCUAGGGUCACCAAGUCCAGCUCCCUGCAAUGCAGGAAUCACAAGUAACAAAUCCCAGACAGAUGGCCAUACAACCUCUGCUUAAAAACCUCCAGUGAAGGAAAGGCCACCACCUUCCAAGGUAGUUCAGAGUUUUUUGUUAUUAUUAAUCACCCAUCCUUCACCCUAAGGUCCCAGGGCUUAAAACAAUUUAAAAUACAACAUUGAGAACAGUUUUAAAACUUACAAAAAGCACAAUUUAUGUAAGAACAUAAGAGCCCAGCAUCCUGUUUGACACAAUAGUCAACCAACAGCUUCCUUUGGGAAGUCCCCCAGCAACUGGUAUUCAGCAACAUGGUGCCCCUAGUCCUGGAAGUGGUACUAUAUACAUCAUGUGCUAUACAUGAGCGCAAGUUCCAUUGAUGUUUGCUUCAAGUAAAUAUGCAUAGAGACAGACCAUUAGUAACUUUAAUUCACCACAUUAUUAAAUGGAAAAUAUUUAAAUCUGUGCUUGAUUCUAAUUAAUUGUAAUUAGUGGGACUUUAAAAUUCAUAACACUGCAAUCCUAAGCAUAUUUACUCAGAAUGUCCCAGUGUAUUCAAUGAGUUUAUCCUAGGUUAGUGUUUAUUCUAAGGCACAAUCUUUUUCAUUGUUUCAUAGGCCAGCUGGAAGGUGACAUGGGUAUAGUAAAUAAAUUUGGGAUAUUACAAUGUGUAUACCCAUCUCUCUCUCUCUCUCCACCCCACAAUACCUUUGGUUUAAUGGGUGCUGGUCCUUCCAUAUGAUUGAUCUAGUUUGCCCUAGAAAGCUGUGUGGGUUUCCUAAGGGUACAUCUUUUGAGUGUGCCUUUCUGCAUAAUGCAAGCUGACAAGAAUUACUGUUGGAAGAGAAGAACUAUGAAAAAUUCUACUCAAAAGACAUUGAGUUACUUGCAGAGUAUGUGCUAGUAGAACACUGGAAAGUUGGUUGAUGCACAUUUAAUUAUAGGCUCUUAUUGACUAGUGGCACAGUUUUAGCUCAGCUUUUGUUGGUAUUUAAUUUUUAAUAAUAAUUAAUUGUAACAAUACUUUAAAUUUAUUUAUUUAUUUAUUUACACACACACACACACACACACACACAUAUAUAUCGUUUGAUUGUAGAAAAAAACCUCUAGUACUAAUUUAUUGUCAGUUAUCCUUCUACUUUGCCCUCACUGGCCAGAAAUUGGAUAAUGUAUUUUCCCUUACAGUUCCUUUCACUGAAAGGGUGGCAGUCUUGAAUUUUUUAAAAAAAUAAGAAUUAGGAAAGAGGCUUGGAAUAUCCCUAAGGUGAUACUUCUCUUAGACUUAAAAAGUCAUAAAGAUGGUUGCAGUCAGUUAGAAGGCACAGCAAGGAACUAUUGCUGUGUAGCCUCCCAGCUGUUUCAGCACUGAUUCUCUGGGGCAGAGAAGCACUUGACUAACCCAUCCAUAGCUAAACAGUGUUGGGGUGUGUCGAGCAUUAUUUAUGCAGACUCUUAUUCAAUGUGGCCUCAUUUCAAAAUAAGUUGUGAAAUGCCCUAUUUUGAAAUUUGGUAUUAAUUUAAUGUCGUUCAAAACUCAGAUGGCAGAAUUCUUUCCUCUGUAUGUUCCCAGAUUGCUAAUACUAGGGAGACUAAAAGUUUGAAUAAAUUUUUCAUUAUCAAUGUUUCUUUGAAGGUUCAGCUAACAUUUUUUGCUAUUUAUAUUGUGCAUAAAGUUACAAUAUGGCGUGCUUCUAAGUAUCAUGAAUGAUUUAGUUUACCUUGUGACAUAUCACUUAAGCUCUGUUCCAACUUAAUGCCAAGCCAUGACUUGGUGUUCAGAAAAAUCUUUGCUUGUUCAUUUGCCCCUUCUUCCUCAUUUUACACAAGUUCUUUUUCCCACUUCCUGAGUUUUGCUAACAGUAGUUUGCUGCUGCGAUAUUUCAAUAAGCAAACUGUGGUUAGUGCUUUGCUUCUAAAUUUAAAUUUGCAAGCUGGGUUUUGGAAGUAAGGCACUAAAUUUAGCUUCCCAGUUUAGUAGUCAGUAAUAAAGUGAUAAUAGUAUUUAGGUCUAGUAAUGCAUAGAAAGGUGCCUUCUGAUCAAUAUUGUUUUGAUUAUAUGUUGGAACUAUUUCGUAUAUUUGCAAAAAUUAUAUUGUUACUCUUGAUUAUUUUGCUACUGAUUCUAACUGCAAUUGAGAAUAUUUGGUUUCCUCCUGCAUUUUAUUCUACAUCCAUUCUUUAAUAGAUGGUGUGUAAACCAAUCUACAUAUUUUGGAAAAAAGUAUUAUUGCUGACAUAUUGAUCUUUUGUAUCUGAAUUGGAGUAAUAUACCCACCUAGUCAUGAUAUUAAAACAGUCCACCCUUUUUACUGUAUUUAUGGAGAAUCUAUAUGCCAUUUGCAAAAUGUUUUCCCAGAUAUCCAGUAGUAUAUUUUUGCCGAUUAUGGGGGCCCAUUUUUUUUCAUGUAAUCUCUUAUUUGUUCAUAUUCUGUUAGCGUAUUUGUUAAGCAGCUGAUAUUAUUUAUUAACUUCUGUAGUUUUCAUGAUAAGGUGUUUGAAUUCAGUCAUAUCUCAUUAUUUGCAAACAUAAUUUCAGUUAUCCUAGUACACAUUACUUAAUUUGAAAGCACUCAAACCAGGUGAGUUUCUUUUUGAUAUGGCUAUUACCUAAUCAGGGGAACAGCUGAUUUAAUCAGCUGAGUUUUAGUUGAUUGGUUAAAGCUGCAUAGGAAUAAAAUAGUUUAAAGUGGAUGUACAUAUGUGUUGUAUCAGUUUAGAAGAGGCAUUCUGCUUCCACGUGAAAGAAGAGUGGGAAUGCCUCUAAUAAAAGGAGUGAUGAUGCCUCUUCUAAGAUACCUCUUCUUGCCACUUGAUGUAUUGUACUCAUAUUGAAACAGUUACUUCAUCAACCAGUGUACCUUAUUAAUCAAAUGUUGCAGAUCUGCUUUUUCUAUUAUUUAUUUGUUUAACAGGACUUGCAGUUACAGCAACUUUAGAGAGAAGAGGUUCUCUUAGAGCUGUUUGCUUCAAAGGUUUUUCGUGGCUGACAGAGCAAUAGCGGCCAGAAAGUGCUGAUAGAUUUUACUGCAGCAAGCCUUAUGCACAUGCAUGGCACAUGCUUGUUUUUUUUCUGCACACUUUACACGUUGGCCUGAAAUCAUCAUGUAGCAUCCAGUCUGAUUGUUAAUGAGAUCUCUCCUCCCCCUCCUGCCUAUUAAUAGGACGGGGCUGAGGAAAAGAGAUCUCAUUAGGAUAAAGGGGAGACCACUGAGAAUGAGGCAGCAAAGCAUUGUGCUUGGUCAAAAGGGGGAAAAAAGCCUUGAGCUCUGUGUUCAAAGACAUGCAACUUAACAAGGUGAAAAUCUUAAGCCUCUAAGUACCUUAAAGUCCCCUUGCUUUUUUGCCACAAAGGUCUUAACUAUAACCCACAUUGAGAUGAUACAAAGAAAAUAACCUCAUCUUGGUGCCGUUCAGGGAUUCCUUGUGGCCGUUGGAAAGAUGAGAAUUACCGUAUUUUUCGCUCGAUAACACGCACCCGACCAUAACAUGCAUGUAGUUUUUAGAGGAGGAAAACAAGAAAAAAAAUAUUCUAAACGAAACAGUGGAUGUAUGAUUUUUGUGGUUCAUGCUGUGGCCACAGACAUGUGAUCUGACGGUGAGUUUGGGGUAGCCCAGUGCAAAAACCCUGAGGAUCCAUGUGGAUCCAUGUUUGUAACCACGUUUUUGCACCACUGCAGCCCCAGGCAACAGUGGGUGCGUGAUUUUUUUGGUACAAACUGUAGCUAUGGACAUGCUAUGUGAUCUGAUGGUGAAUUUGGGGUGACCCAGUGCAAAAAUCCUGAGGAUCCAUGUGGAUCUGUGCUUUGUAACCACGUUUUAAGUGGGGAGGGAAGGAAAAGCACUCAUGGGACAUACAGUUAACAUUAACUGGUCAGUGAACUCAGAUGCAUGUGUGCGCUAUUAAUACAGGAAUGAACUCAAUCCAGAUUCUGCAGUGCCAUUACUCGCUGCAGGAAAACAGUUGAAGGUAGUUUUCUGAUUGCUCAUGCAAUGCAUUAAACAGCAAUGCAAGUGGCAGCUGAUAUUUAAAUACAGGCACAUUUCAGUGUUGCUCUUGUUUUCUCCUUCCUUCUCUUUUUGUUUUUCUCUGCGCUAAUCUAUUUGUAAAAUUGGAAUAAUUAAGAGCAAGGCUUCCAUUGACAGGAGAAGAGGUGAUAAUAUAUUUUCCAAGGUGGCAUGUGAACUCUUCACUAUGUCAGUUAUGGAAUUGCCUAGCUAUGUGUUAAAGUGUUAGUUAUAAUCUGGAUAAAUUAUUAAGCAAAUGGAGCUGACCAUGAUCCUAGUGAUUGAAGCAGACAUACAUAGGGUUGUACUGCAUGCCAUGGUCUCGUGAUUCACCAUCUAUUAGAAUUAAAUUUCCCAUCUCCAAACCUUUCCUUGUUUACAAAUGUCCAUGUAAAUAGUCUUAUUACUAGUCCAAUAAAACGGCAGCGUGUGCUUUUCAAUUAAGCAUUUGUCCUAAUGUUCCCAUUUGCAUUUUUUUAGAAGUCUGCUGCAUAUUCAGAGUUGACUAAAAUAAAGUGAAUGUAAUACUGUUUCUAAAGCUAAGGAAGCAUGAACUUAAAAGAUCUGAUUUUUGCCAUUUAUCAACUGGUUGCUUCAUUUGAAUAAGUGUCUAUCUCUUUUUGAUCAACCUGAAAAAUUUGCAUGCUCUGCAGCAGCCAUAUUCUAUACUUUAUUAAAUAUCUGUCAAUUAUAAAUAUCAAGGUUUUACAUUAAUGUCAAGAUAGUACAUCAAAAAUUCAUGGAAUAUGUGACUUUUUCCAAGGGUAUUUAAUACUUAAUGCAUUUGUGUCAUUUUUCUUUCUAGAUAUAUUGACAGGUUUUAUUAAGUGUUUGUUAGGGAGAUUUCAUUUUUACCGAGGGACUGUAAAGAGAAGCUGCAUGCUAAAUCGAUUUUUUAAUCAGAGUAUUCUUCUCUUGGUCACUUCAGCAGAGAUACGCCAACAUACUUUAAAACUCUGGAAAGCAUUCUCAGAAAUUCAGCAAUUAAUUUCUUUAUAACACAAUUCUCGAAACACGUAUAUUUUGCUGCGAAACAGUAAUCAUUUUGUAUUAUAAUUCAGUAUUGUUUCUUGUGCUCCAUUAAGAGUAGAGCUUGAUUUCUGGAGCUGUACAAAUAAGGAAAUUUCCUUUGAAAAAAGUAUCUUAAAAGGUACAGAUGGCUUUCAAAAACAUUGUAUAAAGCUGUUGACUUUUAUUUUCCCUGAUCAUUUUUAGUUUUUGCCAUUUAACACAUUAUUAAACACCAAUUGUGUUAGAUACGGAAUGUGUCCACUUUCAGUGCUAUUUUAGUAUCGGCAACACAACCAGGAUAAAACUGGAACUAUAAAUGUGCAUCCACAGAUUGAGAAAUCCUAUGUUUUCCUCCUUGAAAUAAUACCUUUAUGGGCAAAGCAUACACAUCAAAAUGCAUAAUCAAGUUUGCAUUCUGUUGCAACUUUCUUCUAUGGGCAGCGUUUAAUGAAUUUGUAUGGUUUGGGGCAGGAAAUGAGAAAAUACUGAGAAGGAGCUGGAAUUAGGUUAGUAACCAAGGGAUGACAAACAUAGCAUUUACACAUGGGCCAUAUAGUCCCAUAGGGCAGGGGCAACUGAAAUGAUGCUCUCCAGAUUUUGGACUACAACUCACUUCAGCCCCAGUCAUGACCAGCAUUGAGGUAUGAUGGGAGUUGUAGUCCACAUCAUCUGAAGGGCACUCUUGACACAGAGUGGAUGAAGAAGAAGAAGAAGAAGAAGAAGAAGAAGAAGAAGAAGAAGAAGAGUUUGGAUUUGAUAUCCCGCCUUUCACUCCCUUUAAGGAGUCUCAAAGCGGCUAACAUUCUCCUUUCCCUUCCUCCCCCACAACAAACACUCUGUGAGGUGAGUGGGGCUGAGAGACUUCAAAGAAGUAUGACUGGCCCAAGGUCACCCAGCAGCUGCAUGUGGAGGAGCGGGGAAACAAACCCGGUUCACCAGAUUACGAGACUACCGCUCUUAACCACUACGCCACACUGGAUGUGUAGAUUGCAUGUUUUUAAUGAAAGUGUACUGUUAAGAUUAUGUCCCUGACCAGAAUACCUUAGGAAAUGCCCAUUUGCAUAGCCUGAGGUGGUAAUAGGCAAGUUUCUAUGUAUUGAGGCUCUACUCUAGGCUUCCUCUGUUCAUGAACCCGCUAGCAUGUGAAGCAGAGCCCUUUUAGUGGUGAUUUUCCAGAGGCAGUGGUCUGCUCCUUUUUUCGUUAGGUUAAAUUGGUCUGUUCAGUACAAGGCUUUUAAGUGACUUUAUGGAUACAGUCAUACCUCAGGAGUCAAAUGCCUUGUGAGUCGAACGUUUUGGCUUCCAAAUGCCACAAACCCAGAAGUGAGUGUUCCGGUUUGCAAACGUUCUUUGGAACCCGAACGUCCGACACGGCUUCUGCAGCUUCCGAUUGGCUGCAGGACCUUCCUUGGUUUCCAAAGGUUUUGGAAGUCGAACGGACUUCCGGAACAUAUUCCGUUUGACUUCCAAGGUAUGACUAUAUAUUUGAAUGUCAUAUUAAACCAUAGUUCAUGUUUAACACUACUCAGAAUUCCCCAUUUCACUCUUCCCUUGAUCAUGGCUGCAAAGUAGAGCAAAGCAAGGAAUCAUUAAGCCACAGUUGAACAUUAGGGUGGAAGUCAGCUUUGCAGUACUGGCAGCUUGCUGGACAGAACAAUCCCUCCUCUCCUCAUACAUUGUUCUUGGGGUUCCCCAGACCCCCUCAGCUAAUUGGUUUUGUGGUUGAAAGUCUCAUUGUGCAAGCAGAGCUCCCACUGACUGGGUUUAUUAGGUGAAUUCUGGUUUAAUGUGACAUCGGAAUCAGUUGUAUAUUUGUCUUGUUUAAAGAGCUGUUGUUGUUUUGAAAAAUCAUAAUAAUGAAAACAAAAACAAGGUCAAUUUUUAAUUUUCUGUAAGCCAACAUCGUUUUUGUUUUUGUCGUCGUUUUUUACUGGAUAAACAUAGAUUUCAAAACAAUAAGGUCUGUGUGAGUUUUCAUUCUCUGCAAAAGUUACCUUCUUGCAGUCUGUGGUGAAGUAAUCUGAUCAUCUAUAUUUAAUCGAUGUUAAAUUCCAUCUUGAAGAAAAUUGCUCUUCUGCAUGUUUUUAAGACAAGAGUUCUAAGGCUGUAUUCUGUAUUAAAUGUGUUCCAGUUUGGUGCCAGUAGGUGGAGUCAUAGCCAUUCUAGCAAUUCCAUUUUUGCUUCAGAGCGAUCUUAACCAAAGAGUAUGACCGCUUAGCUGGAAGAGCCCUUUUCUUAGUUGAAUUGUUACACAAAAAUAAUGUACAAUAACAGCACUUUUUGUCUAAGGUUGUUUUAUGAUGUCCAUAGGUAUUUUCAAAAAGGGUUUGCCCAUAACAAGACAAGAUGUUGGCUUUCUAAUGUGUUUUUUCCCUGCCAUGUCAAUGCAAAAUAUCUAAGCAAAUUAAUAACCAGUUAUCUGUGAACAUUUUGUACUUGUCAAGGUAACUUUUACCAAAAUCGGACCAUUUGUGUAACCUUGAAUUAUAUAUUUUCACUGUAUCAAUGCCCACAUUGUCAAACAGCAGAAACGGGAUAAAUUAUGUGCUUGGUUUUGAUUUCAAUAUGCUUUUUGAUUUAUAAUGAGACUAGUGAUAAUGACUAUCCUAAAUUGUGACACUGAGCUUAACACAAAUUAUUCUGAGAAUAUCCAGCUAAAAUAGUCUGAAAUGAAAUUUUGCAUGUAAACCAAAUCACUUAUUUUUUAUUAGUUGAGAGAGCCGUGGUUUUCAGAGCUAGUCCAUCCAUAGGGCUAAUUUAAGGGGUUGGAGAGAGCAGACACCUGGGACAUAACACCCAAUUGGCAGUCUUUUGUAAUAUAUAAUUUGCCUAAAAUUGUGCACUGAGCACAAGCUUUUGUUUUCUAAUUGAUUUACGGUUUGAGCCACUUUUACCUCAUCCCCUACUGUCCUGCACACAGUGCCAGCAAGUACAUUACUGUGAGAGAUGAUAAAUUACCAUGCACUUGUGAUGCUAAUGCAUCAAGAGUAAAGAAAAAAGAAAAAAGGAGCACACUACGUAGAGCUCCUUGCAUUAACAGUGUUGCAAAGAUACAUCCAAGCAAAACUCAUUUGUAUCAUUAGAAAUAACCAUUCAUUUGAUCACUUACUGAAACCUGCCUAUUCAACUGUAAUUGAAAUGGAAUAUUAAAAUGAUAUUGUUAAUGGCUCUCAAUCUCUUAAGAGGGGAAAGGGUUUUUUUUAAGCAUGUUCAAAAGGCUAUGAUUCUUUUUAGCUACUGUGUUUUAAAGUGCAUAAGGCAAAGUGGCCUUGGAAGUACUUGAAGUCGGUUGGCCAGAAACGAGAGGCUAGUUCUGUGUAAUUAAUUCCUCUUUUAAAUCAUUCUUAUUUCCUCAUAAUAAUUAAGGUAGGCUUGCCAUAUUUCAGAAAGUAAAAUUCCUGAGACACCCCCAAAGUUGUUGAGCUUCCUCUUUCUGGGGCUGGCUGAGCGGCAGGCACCAGGCAUGUUAUGAGCUCCUUCCCAAAGGGAGAGAUUUUAGAUUUAGAUUUGCGGAGUUGGAAGGGACCUUUAGGAUCAUCUAGUCCAACCCCCUGCAAUGCAGGAGUCAUUCACCCAACGCAUGGGACUCAAACCCACAACCCUAAGAUUAAGAGUCUCAUGCAGAGCUAUCCGGGGGAGGGGAGGGUUAAUGCAAACAAACAACCCCUCCCUGCUCAGAAUUCUUUUCCCAACAGAUGCGGAGUAUCUCAACCCAACCCCAGAGUGAGAUCCCAGCAUUCUGCAGAAGGAGUAGUAAUGACAAGUUCACAUUUCCUUCACAUAGAUGGGAAGAGGCUUUCCUUGUUACCCGCCUUGGUUUCCCCUCCACCAGAUCAGAGAAGACCAGAGAGACUCCAUCCCAAAUCCUAGAGAGUCCCUGCCAGUCAGCAUAGACAACACUGAAGUAGAGGGACCAAUAGUCAGCUUCCUACGUUCCCAGUUCUAAGCAUGGUUACUCAGAGCUUAAUUCCAUUUAUCCCAAUAGGGCUUACUGCCUUGUAAGGUGCAAAGGCAUGCAGCCUUUAACAUGUGGUACGUCCAAUAUAUAAUUAUAUAAUCUAUGCAUGUGACCAUAACUGCUUCAACAUUUAAAUGUAUUAUGACUUGCAAGGUAUGUGUAACGUGUGGUUAUUAUUAUUUCAAAAAAAGAAAAGAACCAUUUUUGGAUAUAAGGAAAGAGAGAUGCUUAAAAUACAUUCACCCCUAAAGUGUGACUAAGGAGAACAUAGAAUUAACAUUUCAGGUUAAGAAAAGAAAAGAAUUGGGACAAGCUUUUUCUCAAUCAAGUUUUUAUGUGUGGCGUGGAGAUGGGAGUCCACCUUAAAUGUGUGUGUGUGAGAUGUUGUGGGUUCCAGUCUUUGAAAUAUGAAGAAACAGAUUUAUAGCGGCUGCUGGGCACAACAAAUUAAGUUGACAGUGAUGUAUGAGAGCAUAAUAGCAUGAUGAUCCCUCUGUAGCGCGGCUGGACGCCUCCUGCUUCAUUUGGCUCUUGUUAGGAUCUGUUAGGCAGCUAAAUAAUGAAAUUCUGCUGACUGAUUUCUGGUUGUUGUUUUUUGUUUUGUUUUUCCUUUUCAACUCUUCUCUGAAUCCUCUUAUUUCUCAGACCCAUCCUAAUGCCAGCAAACUGCCAUUAAAGGAUUCUUUCACUUAUGAUGAUUACAGGUUGGUUUCCCUUUUUAUAUAAAAGUGGGUUGUUAAAUGCCUUCAAAUGCUUCCCUAGAAAAUAAUCAAGUUAUUAAUCAUGAAUCCCUGGUCCAGCCAUAGUAGUUAUAUUACAGAUCAGAGAAUAUAAUUAAUUUAGCCAUCUAGAUUUUAACAUCAAAAGUUUUAUAGCUAACCAGUUAGCAUUAGUUAAUGGUUGUUUCUAAAUGCUGUUGUAUUACUUUUCUUAAUGCUUAUAUUACUUUUUUAAUUGGCCUUGGCCCACGGUUACUGUUUAAUACUCUGGUAUCUGUUAAAACAAAAGUAAGACCCUCUAUAUAUAGAUAUAUAUGCUGGAGCAUGCUUUGUAAGAAAAUGAAUAACAUUCAUAGAAGUCUUGCUAUGUCUGAAUUGACUCCCAGAGAAAUUAUCUUAAUUUUCUGACAUUAUUGAGCUGUCACAUCAAACCAAUACAUUAACCAGAACUGGAUACAACUUGUUUUUUUGUUUAGUCUGUCCCACAUUCCUUUAGGUUUUCAAAAGUUAGAUGCUGCAAGUGAUUUAUUAUUAUUAUUAUUAUUACUACUACUAUUAACAACAACAACAACAACAAUUUUAUUAUUAGUCCCCUCCCAUCUGACUAGAUUGCCCCAGCCACUCUUGGCGGCUUCCAACAAAAUAUUUAAAAUACAAUGAACCAUCAGUCAUUAAAAACUUCCUUAUACAGGGCUGCCUUCAGAUGUCUUCUAGAAGUCAUAUACAGUAGUCAUUUAUCUCUUAGACAUCUGAUGGGAGGGUGCUUCACAGGGUGGCACCACUACCGAGAAGGCCCUCUGCCUGGUUCCCUGUAACUUCACUUCUCAUAGUGAAGUUACCGCCAGAAGGCCUUCAGAGGUGGACCUCAGUAUCUGGGCUGGACAAUGGGGGUAGAGAUGCUCCUUCAAGGGCCAAAGCUGUAUAUUGCUUUAAAGGUCACCAUAAGUGGACAGAAGACAGUAGAUUGGCAAGGGAUUAUGAUUCCCAAUUGUUUUGCAGUAGCAACAGCAAGCAAAAUGACACCCCCCCCAAUACCUAGGUUGCUGAAAUGGAGAAAGAACGAUGUUCGUCUGAAAGAACAGUGAACUCAUUUCAGUUCUUGUACUGAACAGUUAUUUCUUGGCUCUUAAUGUGCUCAGAGGCACCCUGUUCAAUUCUAACAAUAUGUCUUUUCACCCGACUGGUUGGUACUAAGAGCAGAUUUUUUUUCUGCUAUUGGCAGAAAGUUGGGAAGGAUUAUAAUCUGAAUUGGAACUUUUUGUCUAUCUAUGACUUUCACUAAACUGAGUAUUUUGUCUUGUAGAUGGGCAGUUUCCUCUGUCAUGACACGACAAAACCAGAUUCCUGCUGAGGAUGGUUCCCGGGUUACCUUAGCACUGAUUCCUUUAUGGGACAUGUGUAAUCACACCAAUGGGCUGGUAAGAACAGUGUUGUUGGGUUUUGUGUGUGUGUGUGUGUGUGUGUGUGAGAGAGAGAGAGAGAGAGAGAGAGCGAGAGAAGAUGUCCAAUAGCACAUUGACUAAUCCACAGUGGCUAUCCCUGGGAUAAUGGAUAUGUCUCAGGUUGACAAGAUAACUCUAAAUAUGUCAGGAUGAAGGAGAUAUUUUUAACAGGUGUUUAACACACAAGAGAAGGAGCCAGACACUCGGAGGUAAAAGAAUUCCAAUAGUAAGCAGCAGAAUGGGGGGCAGCCUCUAGGCAUGGAAGGUGUUGAUUUGGGGGUGCAAAUGUUUGUUUCAGAGGACCUUACCACCUUAAAACUAAUAGCUAGACAGGAGGAGAAGUACACUUUAAUGUUGAGGAACAAAAUCAUCAAUACAAGUUUUGCUGGGAGGAGAAAGUAUGUGCAAAGGAACUGCUUUGUGCAGAAGUUGUCUUUAUCCACAUCUGCAGUAAAAACAAAGAUAUGUUGCCUCCUUUCUCGAGCUAUGAUGUUUGAUACCAGCUGAUGGAUCUCUUGUAUCUCUGUUUUUCUAUAGUAUUAAUACUAGUAAUUUUGGGCUUGUUGCAUGAUGAUCCUCUCCGCCCAGUAGGCUCUAAACCUCUGGCAGCACCAGCAACCAGUUUGACUGUCAAGUCACAAUACCGCUAGAAAAUAACAAUGAGAAAUACAUGAAGACAGUAUUCUUGACAGAGUUCUUGGAGCAGGAUGAUCUAAUUAGUAGUGUCAGGAGCAAGAGAAAGCAGGAUGGACACGGUUCCAACUAAAACCAAAAGAGCCUUUUAUUAUUUAGCUUGUGGAAGAAGAAGAAGAAAGGCCCAUGGGGUAGAGCAAGAAUAAAAAUGCAUUAUAGCUGACUGACUCGAGAAACAUCUCGCCACCAACUUUGCAGCAGACUUCAAAGAAGGCAGGGUCGUCUCUCUUCCAGAUUUCAUUCAGUGAGUCAGGAUUUCAUGGAGCAUCAGUAUGGAAUCAGAGGCCAGAGUUGUGCUAAGCUCACAGGGAAAUGCUUCAUUGAUGGGACUUGCCCAUUUGUUGUAGCACACCUGGGUGUAAACAGUUUUCAUCUGCACUGGGACAUCUGCACUGUCCCAUUUGGUUGGCAAAGACAUUUCUGAACCUCAUGCACCUUCCUAAAAUAUAGCUGCAAAUAAUAUAGCAAUCUCAGGCCCAGGUCCAUCCCUGCAAGCCUCUCUGUCUAGCCCUUGGCAUUCCCUCAGGCUGGUGCUCCUCCACGCCUCUCGCUAACCCUACCAUGUGUCCUCUUCAAGUGCUUUUUCCUGAGUAGAUGUCUCCUUGAACUGGGAUGAUAUGCAUGAGUUUUGCCUGGAUAGAGUGUGCGUUCGUGUAAAGCUCAAUAAUUUGUAUGGCUGGAAUGUAGCCAGCUGUAAUAAAGGGAAGAGUCCUCCUAUCUGUUGCUCUUCCACACUCAGUCCAUGAGCUGUAGUGGGGACCUAUAAAUACCUGACCAGCAUUGUUUAACACUGAAUUUGCAUUUAGCUUUAAGCAUUUUUGGAAAGUGGGGGGAUCCAAAUUUGCAUUUUGAUGAAACGUUUUCUUAAUGCAUCAUUUUGUGCAUAUAUUGACCUAUUUUUCAUGUCUUAAGGUUUACUCUUCAUGUCCCUUUGAUAUAGAAGGGGAUGUUUCCCUUGAGCUCAAUGAAUGUUGUGGGCAGGUUGAUACUCAAAAUCAAAACUGUCCAUUAGCUCUUUGGAUUUUAUUUGGUUCAGAGCCCUUUGCUGUGGCUAUUUGCUUUUCCUAGCCCCCUCCCCCCUUGGUAGACUGUAGUCUAUAUUUCCCCUGGGUGUUGGUGCUGGGGAUUAGCUGGGACUACUGCGCUAGUCCUUAUGGGUUUGAUCCCCCAUGGAUAGUUUCUCCUCACUUUUCAGCUCCUGGGACAAGAGGAAAUGUUUUUUAUAGAACUAUAAAAAUCCGACAUGCCCAAAUUCCAAGCUGCUUUUUAGUUUGGAACACUUGUAUACAGACAAAAAUGAUAUAAGGAAAAGAGAAACCUUUGAGAAGGACAAAAAAGCAGGAAGCUAUUCCACUAGGGAAUGAGAGGAACAGCUUUUUUAAAAAAAGGAAAAUGAAAGCCCAUAAAACAAGUUUCAUAUGCCAUAAAACCAGGCACCCUCCCACAAAUUCUGUAUAUCGAAACAUUAAAAGAGCCCUGAAACACUUGAAACUGAUUGUCAUCCAAUUUAAAGUAUUCUGAUUAAAGAUGUUAGUUUGAAGAAGAAGAAAAACAUUUCCCCUUUGUGUUUAGAUGAUGGCAUGUGUCAGAGCAGGCAACAUACUAGAAAAGGCAUUCACUUGUAUGUGAUAUAAAAUUAAUACCUCCUCUAAGAUGAUACCUGCAACCCUAUUUUUCUUCUUCUGCUUGAUUAAAUAGGGCACUAUUUUAAAUCAAUCAAAAGAUUUUAAAUCUAUUGAUUUAACUGAUUAUUCAACUAAGCAUCACAACCCCAAUUGAAAACCUCUGUAGAUUUUGUUUCAAAUCACAUCUUCAGGACACAACUAUGUAUGAGGCCUGUUCCUUGAGAUUGGUAUGUUUUCUGUGUUGUACAGCUUGAUUUAUCAAGAACAUUCCUGCUUUAUGAAAAUAAUAUUGUGGGACAAUUUCCAUGUUAAUAAUGAGCCACUUUAGUCCUUGUGGUUUGAUAAAAGAAAUAUGGUUAAGUGGCAACGUCUUCAUCUUCCCACAGCAAAAUCCCAUCACCAUCUAAGAAUAAUUACCUAAGUUUCAGAUAAAGAGGUUAUUUGCAAAUAAAUUGGAGUCCUCUGAAGAAAGUAUCCCCCCAAAGAUUCACAGUUAUCCACUCCUCUUUUUGAUUCAGAGUGAUGAAAAAUGCACUGAGAGUUGAAGUGUGUGACAGAAACUAGUUCUCUUAGUGCAGUGCUGCAGAGGACCCCAUGGGAGUAACUUGAAACUCAACAGCACUGUUGUGUGCGAGAGGGGUCAACUCAGGACCAACACAAAGUGGUCUAGAAGGGUGCCAUUUUUUAUAGCUUUUCUAUAAUAUUUGAGAAUUGUUGGAGAACAGGUGAGGUCCCUGCAAGCUGGAAGUGUGCAAAUGUUGUCCCCAUCUUUAAAAAAAAAUGGGGGGAUUAUCUGACUAAACUCUCACCAGCCUUUGAAAUAGGGUUGGGGAGCCUCUGGCCCUCCAGAUGUUGCUAAACUACAACUCCCAUAAUCCCUGACCAUUGGCCAUGCUGGCUGGGGCUAAAGGGAGUUGGAAUCCAGCAACAGCUGGAUGGGCACAGGUUCCCCAAUCACUGCUCUAAAAGAAAGGAAAAUACAAGGUAACUUCCCCAAGGACUAAGAGGCUUGACUUUGUUACAGGGUAGUAGGUGCUGUUUCUUCUUGUUAUUUUUAAAGUAGUGGUCAUUUUACAUCCUUUAAAGCAGGCACCCCCAAACUUGCCCCUCCAGCUGUUUUGGUACUACAACUCCCAUCAUCCCUAGCUAACGGGACCAGUGGUCAGGGAUGAUGGGAAUUGUAGUCCCCAAACAUCUGGAGGGCUGAGUUUGGGGGUGCCUGCUUUAAAGGAAGAUCAGGCUCAUACAAACAAGCUUGAACUAUAAAAUGCUGAACCUUUUUCUUCUUUCUUUUGAAUCCUCUGUAUAGAUCACUACAGGCUACAAUUUGGAAGAUGACCGUUGUGAAUGUGUAGCACUUCAAGAUUUUAAGGCUGACGAACAGGUAAUCUUGAGAUAUGUGUGUGUGAAUUAACAUUUGAAGUUCCAUGCGUAGAAUUCAUACAUGUACAGAUGCAUCCAAUUGAUAGUAAAUACACGCAAUUCUAAUCUAGCUUCAGGAGUCUUGUUAAUUUUCACUAGGAGUGUUCCAUGGGACAUUCCUUACAAAUGUGUUAUAAAGACUGAGGAUAGAUAGCUCUCUUUUUUGUAACAUAAAAAGUGCAUUUGUCAUUGCAAAGGAAGAAGAAUGCCUUGAUCUAAAGCGACCUUACCUUGUGCCAUGAGUAACUCAGCCAUUUUUUGUUUUGAAUGAGAGCACAUUGGUAGAAAUGUUCACAUAGGUGAGGGCGUUUAAAAUACUUGACCUGAGCAUCAUAAGCUGGGCAACCAUUGUUUGUUCAGCAUUUUGCUCUUCGGCAUUAUUUAGUUCACAUUCAGCUGUUUUCUGACUUCUUACCACUUAACCGUCCAGAAAAUAAAAGAUGAUGUCACUAACCAAUUCAGCUGUCAGGAUCCAUUCUCCAAGGGAUGUAUAGCUCCUUUUAACAGGCAUCAAUAUCUGCCUUCAGUGCUCACUUCCAAUAUCCUUGCGAUUCAUGUUGUCCAUUAUUACUGUUGACCAUUAAUUCUUGGACUUCCCUGUGAUGUAGUAUAAAGAGCUAUUUGUUAAUGCUGUUUAUACCCCACCCUGUCACAACAGCUUGAAGUGGAUGCUUCAUAUAGGUUUACAAUUUCUCAUAAAUUUCUUGCAAUUCUGAAACAUGUCCCAGCUGCUAAUUUAGCAAAUGACAUUAUUAAGUAAAAUUAUUGGAUGUUCUCAUAGUCCAUUGCGAACCGCCCUGGGAUCUUCGGCAGUAUACAAAUUUAAUAAAUAAAUAAAAUUAAAUAAAUCAGGUCAUUUGUCCCCAUAAACUUGCACACAGUUAAGUUAAAUUUGGUACUUACGGUAUAUAUGUGGGGAAAGUGGAAAGAAUAUUAUGUCCAAAAAUCCAGGCAUCCAUUAGCCACUGGUACCUGAAAAGCAACAUGGUGACUGGCACGUGAAUUACUAAAGAGAUCAGGAUGCAGAUUUUCUUCUUCUACUGAUGUGUGCUGCUGUUCGGGGGACCUGGUUCCUACCUCCUCUGAGUCUCUGUUUUGUUCCUUUCCCAACUGUGCUCCCUUCCUCUUGUAUACGCUAUGCUCUGCACCCUUACACUGAUAUGUAUGUGGGCUAGCAGCAAGACCUUGUUUUCCUCUCCAUCCCCACGAAGAGGGGAACAGACCAGAAUAUUCCAGCAAGUACAGGGCUCACCCACUUAUGGGCCAGGGUGAAGCAGCUGCCUCAGGCAGCCUCUGAAAUAGUGCCAAUAUUCGUGCCAAUUUCACACAAGAUCUUGACGAAAUAACGAGAAACCUUGCAAGAUUUUGGCAAUAUCUCACCGAAAGUUUAUGCUGAUGCCAGUGCCACAGCAACAGUGCUGGCAGAGCUGGUGGCGAAAUGGGUCACACCGACCCUGGAUCCCACUUCUCACUAGUGGGCAUAGGUUUCCAUUUCUAGUUAUUAGGAAAACCUACUAGCUUUGGUGUUUUGCAAAAACUUUGCACCCCUGCCGCUCAGGUGAUCUUUGCUUUUUCCAUUAAAAAAGACCAAGACACUGAUGGCUAACAGAGUGCGACAGAGGUGAAGGAUGAAGCAGAGUUGACACACUGGAGACACAAUAAGCAUUCUCUUGGAUAUCUGUUGAAAAGGGGGAGCACUAUCCAAAACUAAUCAUAGGGCAGCAGUUCUGAUAACUACAGUACACAUUUAUAGAAUUAAAUGUUAUUUAACACAUAGAGUAGACCUCGAGUCUCUCGGCUAGCUGGCUUCCAUUCAGUGGUCUUGGGAAAGUAAGCAGAAGGAAAAUCUCAGUUAACUCCCCCGCGUAGUAUCAGCAAACUCUGUUAGACGGAACCCGGUUCAGGAAUGAUAUCCAGUAAUAUUUUGAGGUCCCUUUAGAAUGUGAAUGCCAUCUUUUUAGGUGAGGUGUUCUCUUUCUUUGAUUGGUCAAGUCAUUUGACAGCUCACGGUACACCAUUUUUUGGAAAAAGCUGCAUUUCUGUGUGAAUUCUGUUGCUCUCUAUUUCUAAUGCAUGUAGUUCUGAAGAUGGUCAAUGGAGGAGCUUUGGGCACAUGCAGGUAGAGGUCUCUGUGUUUAGAACAGCGUCCAAAGUGUUUGAGUAAAAGUAGUUCCUAGGGUUAAAGUUUGCCUUGUCCGUUAUUUAAAGAUAGCAUUCUCAUAUGCAUUGUGGUCUGCAGCACUAUAGUAUGGGGGGGGGGGUUGUGUAAUGUGUAAUUUGUCAUUCCAUGAGUUGAUCCUAAGCUAUUUUUCUGUCCCUUCGCUUCUCUUUUCAUCCUCCUAGAUUUACAUUUUUUAUGGCACUCGGUCAAAUGCUGAAUUUGUGAUCCACAGUGGGUUUUUCUUUGAUAAUAAUUCACAUGACAGAGUGAAAAUAAAGCUUGGAGUGAGUAAAAGUGACAGGCUGUAUGCUAUGAAGGCAGAGGUCUUAGCUCGCGCUGGCAUCCCAACGUAAGUCAAAUUGAAAGACGCUGUUUUUGUAUUGAAACAUUUCAAGCUCUAAGGUCAAGUAGAACAUUAUAGCAAAACUGCUGUUCAUUAAAGUAGGUGGAGCCUACAUUAUAUCUCACUCCUAUAUAGUUAUCUUAAAUUGCUGUUAUUAAGCAAGUUUGCUGAUUAUGAGACACGUUUACCAACAUCUUUAGAAUAAAUUGUCUGUUGGAGGGCAAGAGAAUAUGCCGGUUUGCUAUUUUUGCUCUCUGUUUCCCCUCAUUAUAAAAGUACCGUCAUGGUCUAUUUGUGACCUAUAAUGCUUUCAGCAUCCUUCAUUUUUGAACCAUAAAUCCAAACACACACUGUUACUUUUGAACCAUAAUCUUUUUAAUUCAGACUAUUGUACAAUAUCUAGUCAGUGUUCUUUGGUUGAAUUACCAGCCAUCUUGCUAGAUUGAAUAGAUUUUCUUCUAAUGGAUUUUUCAAUAAUUUCUGAUGGUCAGUAUGUCAAGGGAGCAAGUGUUAAUAUUUUGUAGCUUGGAAAUGAGAUUUCUAUAGGUCUUAACGUGGUAAAUGAAAGCAUGCACAAUUUUUAUUAGGUAGUUAUAUAAAGUAAUAGUAAAGUAAUACUUGACUAAUCUAUUAUAGAGGAGGAAUUGCUCUAUUUUUAUCUGAGAAAAGUUUGAACAGCUUCAGUUUAAUGCUCAGAAAGUGGAUUGACCCUUAUACAGCUUCACUUUACAAUAAUAAGAAUAUAUUAUAAAUUAAGGAUUUUCAUACCACAUAAUCAAGCUACCAAAGACUGACGUCUUAUUCACUUUUUUUUUUUACUUUCUUUUUUAGUUCUAGUGUGUUUGCCUUGCACUCAACAGAGCCUCCAAUCUCAGCCCAGCUUCUGGCUUUCCUUAGAGUGUUUUGCAUGACGGAAGGUAAAAAACAAACAAACACCUUUAUGAAAAAUUGUAUCAAAUUUUGUUUGAUUGUUUGAAGGUCAAAAUGGGAUUAAGGAAAGAAAGUUCAGCCCUCCAAAGAAUUCCAGAGAAAUUACUAGCCCACCAAAGAAAAAAUAUCCUAGCCUUUCUGACCAUAUAUACCAUUCUCUGGUAGACAUUAAUGGAACAUUGAAGAUCUGGAAAGACUAUUUUCCAGUUUGCAAAAGCUUUUAUAGAAUUUUAGAGUUGGAAGGGACCCUGAGGAUCAUCUAGUCCAACCCCCUGCAGUACAGGAAUGCACAGCAGUCCCAUGCAAUGAUUGAACCUGCAACCUUGGCAUUAUCAACACCAUGCUGUAACCAACCUAGGCAAAUUUUACUUGUCACAAUUGAUUACACAAGUGGCUAUUUACAAGCCUAGUUUGUAAACCAAAAUAUAUUCUUCAGGAUUUUUAUACCUCUUUUUUCUUGGAGAUGCUAUAUUGAGGAAGGUGGGGAAUUGCAAAUAAAAGAUCAUUAGUUAGGUAUUUAUUUAUAGCUUUAUGCAAAAAAAACCAAACCCUCAAGGUGAGUUUGUAAGAUGAAAUAAAUAAAAGCAAUUUAAAACCACAAAAAAUUAAAAUUAUGAACAAUACACGCUCUGUGAUGAUGAAGCCUUCUUAGGCUGUGAUAUUUUCACAGACUUAGCUGGAAGAAAAUCACAUUGAACUUGGUGAUGGCCGGAAUAAAUGGAACAAUUAUCUGUUUGUAUUUAGAGAAUCUAUUCUGUGCCAGUAAAGUCUGGAGCUUCAGCUCUGAAGAACUCAGAAAGCAACAGGUCCACUUACUAAUGCUAUGAAUGGUUCGGUUUUGUUAGCCUUCCAGAGGCCAAAAUAAAUGGAGCAAUUGCUGAUUGUCCUUUCUCCUCCUCAACAGAUGAGCUGAAGGAGCACUUGAUAGGAGAGCAUGCAAUCGACAGAAUCUUCACUCUUGGCAAUUCUGAAUUUCCAGUGAGCUGGGACAAUGAGGUGAAACUUUGGACAUUCCUUGAAGCCAGGGCAUCUCUUCUGUUAAAAACCUACAAAACCACUAUUUUGGUAAGACUUCUAAGAGCAUGCUUGUACUUAUAACCUAACAGGAUAUUUGGUCUAAUCUCAUAGGAAUGAGUUCGUCUUUUUAAAACAUUCCCUUUUGGUGCCUUUCUCCUCUAGAAAGGAGUUAAUAGUAUUCUUUGUGCUUGAGAGAUGUUUAGAGGUGUAAGCUCAUCAUUUGGCUGCUGCACUGUAGGUUUUCUGAACUUUGUACAGAGGUACCUCUGGUUACGUACUUAAUUCGUUCCGGAGGUCCGUUCUUAACCUGAAACUGUUCUUAACCUGACUACUUUAGCUAAUAGGGCAUCCCGCUGCUGCCGCUGCACAAUUUCUCUUCUCAUCCUGAAGCAAAGUUCUUAACCCGAGGUACUAUUUCUGAGUUAGCGGAGUCUGUAAUCUGAAGCGUAUGUAACCCGAGGUACCACUGUAUUCAGAAAUGGACCAUGUAUUUCAGAAGCUGGGCUUCUGAAAAAAAGCAAUUUUCUAUUUUAGUAUGUGUGCGGUACUUUGGGGUUGAGGAGGCAGGCACCUCUUAAUGCUUAUGAUUUAUACCCACUUUUCAGACACACUCAUUCCAGCUACUCUAUAGCAGUGUUUCCCAAGCUUAGUUCUUCUGCUGCUUUUGGACUACAAUUCCCAUCAUCCCUGACCACUGGUCUUGCUAGCUAGGGAUGAUGGGUGUUGUAGUCCAAAAACAGCUGGAGACCCAAGUUUGGGAAACACUGCUCUAUAGUGUCUUUCUGGGCAUGGAAACUCUUUUGUCUUCUCAAAAGGUUUCUUCGAAUUGCAAACAUUUCCUUUUUUUCCAGACCUCCGCUGACUUAAGAUUCCAAGACUGUUUCAUACUCAGUAUUAUCUGCUCGCUUUAAUGAGUCUACUUUCUGCCCCUUAGGCCUAGAACACCUAUCUGCUGCUACCUUUCACUAUGUAUAACUGCAUUCAUUUUUACAUUUGACCUGGCAUAACAAUGGCAUUGUUACAAUUAAUACAACAAUGUAAAAACUGGUAACUUUGACCACUUACAGAAGUACAGCUUUACGGUUAAAAUCCAAAGCCUUGCUUAGAUUUUGGUGAACGCACUACGUUUUAUUCUCUUCUCCCCUCCCCCCUUUCUCUUUUUAGGAUGAUAAAUCUUUUUUGGAAACGCAUGACCUUACCUGUCACGCGACAAUGGCUAUUAAACUGCGCUUAGGUGAGAAAGAAAUUUUGGAGAAAGCAGUCAAGAGUGCGGCCACCAACAGAGAGUACUACGGCAAACAAAUGGCAGAAGGAGUUCUCCUCCCCAAGUAUGAAGAGAGUAAUAUUGCCUUACUAGAGAAUACUGUGGCAGACUCAAGACUCCCAAUUGUCUUGAGAAACUUGGACGAAGAGACGGAGGAUCAAGAGGACUUAAAGAUUGAGGAAGCCAUUGGGGCAGAAGUUGCAGCAAAUGGAUUUGUGAAUGGUGACAAUUCUUUGCUUAACGGGACCAAAUCGGAAAAUGAAAAUCUAAAUCAAGAGGAAAGUAACAGAGAGACUGAAGAUGCCAAAGAAUCUUCUUCAGACAGUACUGAUGAGGUUAAAGAAUAGCUCUAAAAUAGUUUUGAAUUUAUUGUGAAAUUGAAAACUAGCAGGUGUUCCCUUCUUCUUCUUCUUCUUCUUCUUCUUCUCCUCCUCCUCCUCCUCCUCCUCCUCCUCCGAACAGUGAUUUACAUUGGUGUGUUUCCUAACAUUUCUUUCUGCAGAGGAAAAUGUUUUUUGCUGCUUUAUAAUAAUAAUAAAAAGAAGAUUUUUAAGUUAUUUAAAAGAUUUAGCAUCCCUUUUCUACUAAGAUUGCCAUCUUGCUUUUGGAGGCCUAGGGUCCAGGAAAAAUGAGAGAGGUGGUACCUUUGGAGAAUUGUGCAGCCCUCGGUUAGGAAAACGUGUUUACUUCCUAGGGAAGAGUUCAACUUUAUCUGCUAUCUUUCUGUUCUGUUUACUCUGACUUCUAAAAUGUAAAGCUUGUUUUCUUGCCCAAGGAGGUGGCAAGUUUGACUGACUGACCACUUGGCAUAAGCAGAGAUCAGAGCAGCACAAAAGAGUAGAUGCACUGAAAAGUAGAUACACCCUUAAAAAUGUAAGGUGGCAACCUUAUUUUCACUAGGUUUCAAACGUUAAGAAUACAUUCUAAUUACAGUGGUUUCUAUGAACUAUCGUUUAUUUUGUGGUUUGGUUUACUGUACAAGAAACUUAAUUUCCCACCCCACCAUAUCCUUGAAAUCAAAGUGCGCAACUACAGUACAUCCUCAGUUUGUUUAUUAUUAUUUUUUAAGGCUUGACUUUUUUAAAAUUUCAAAAUGGCACUGGUUUAAUUUGGUGAAGAAAGAGAUUGGAAGCAGCUCAGCCCAGCCUCCAGAUUCAAACUGUGUUGUUCAGAGUGAGGCUGCUCCCCAACCUUUUCAGAUUUUCACAAAUAGCUAGAGAUUUUCAAAGCUACACUUUUGACUAAGAAAAUUAUUAAAAGUAAAACUUGAUUAAUUUGUGUCUGCUACUUUUUCAUUCAUUUGCAUGAGCAUAAGCGUUGGAUGUAUUGACUUAGAUUUCAACUCUGGCUACACAGGCCGCAAGGGAGUUGGGAUAGGAGUGGUAAGCAGCAGGGUCUGGGGAAUGUGUGAAUACACACAGUAGGGGUGAGAGGAACUGGCUCCCACCAGUGUGGACCGCUUUGGCAUGUGGGUGGGGCACUGUCCUCUCAAAUCAUGUGACAACAAGCAAUUCAAAGGUCAGGUAUUGUCUUUCAGUGGAAGAUUCUUCAUUUGCAGUUCCAGCUCCUCUGCAGCCAUUGCUUGACUUCAAACUAGAGAGGCAAAAAGAGACUCUUCCUCGAACUUCCCCAUCUGAUGUUAUAUGGUGUCCAAUUUGGGGGAAGUAAAGGUAAAGGGACCCCUGACCAUUAGGUCCGGUCGUGACCGACUCUGGAGUUGCGGUGCUCAUCUCGCUUCAUUGGCCGAGGGAGCCGGCGUACAGCUUCUGGGUCAUGUGGUCAGCAUGACUAAGCCGCUUCUGGCGAACCAGAGCAGCGCACGGAAACGCCGUUUACCUUCCCGCCGGAGCAGUACAUAUUUAUCUACUUGCACUUUGACGUGCUUUUGAACUGCUAGGUUGGCAGGAGCAGGGACUGAGCAACAGGAGCUCACCCUGUCGCGGGGAUUCGAACCGCCAACCUUCUGAUCAGCAAGUCCUAGGCUCUGUGGUUUAACCCACAUUUGGGACAAGUGGGUAGUCCUAAAUACCCUGGUGGGCCAACCUCUGGGACUUGUUUUUUUUUUUUUUAUAAGCAUUAUUAAACAGCUUAAUUUUUUUUAACCCCCUAAGGUUGUGUACAACAUAAACAAUAUUGCUAAAAGAAAAAUGCAACAUAGAACCAGUAAAACAGCAAUAGCAACAUGUCCAUGAAAAAAAGUCUGAGUGUGACACAGUUGUUUCUCAGGACAUCAUUAAGCCUGCAAUUCUGUGCCUUCUUAUGUAAGAGUAAAUCAUUUUGAAAACAUUGGGCUUUACUUCUGAGUAAACAUGCAUAGGAUUCC